AGACAGCGCGAGAGAGGGGUGGAGCAGAGCGGAGCCCAGCUCCCUCCCCGAGCGCGCCUGCCUUUAGGACCCAGCGGCGCCGGCGCGCCCGCCCCUCUCUCGCCCCGCAGCACCUGCCCGGCCGGCCGGCGCUCUCUGGCAGGCUGGCUGGCUCGCUCACUCCGCGAAGCGCUGCCGCCACGAUGGUGCAGUUGCUGUUGCAGCCGCGCGCCGGGCGCUGCUCCUUGUGGCUGGGCUUGGGGCUGGCGCUGUGGGCGUCUCUGCCGGCGGCCCGCGUGGCGCUGCCCGAGGUGCUGUUCAUGUGCUCGCCCUGCACCGCCGAGCGCCUGGCCGCUUGCGCGCCGUCGCCGCCCGUCUCGUCGGGAUCCGAGGGCGAAGCGUGCCCGGAGCUGGUGCGGGAGCCCGGCUGCGGCUGCUGCCGGGUGUGCGCCCGCCUCGAGGGGGAGCCGUGCGGGGUCUACACGCCGCGCUGCGCCUCGGGGCUCCGCUGCUACCCGCGUCCCGGCGCCGAGCUGCCCCUGCAGGCGCUAGUGCAGGGCCAGGGCACCUGCGCCCGACGGAGCGACGCCGCAGAGUACGGCGCCGCCAGCGCCGAGCACCGAGCGACCGGUGAGUGGACGGGGCGCCGGUUCCGCGCGGGGGGCUUGGGGGGCAACUAGGGCGUCAAAUGAACUCCCGCCCUCUGAGCAUGUGCAGUGUGCUUCCCCUCUCUCCAAUUCAUUGUAGAGAUCUAUUUUAUUGCUGCUAUCUCCCACCUUUUCCCCCAAGAACUCAGGGCGGCGCGCACGGCUCUCCCCCUCCCCAUUUAGUCCCCCCAACAACCCUGUGAGGUAGGUUAGGCAAAGGGCGGAGAUUGGCCCCAGUCAUUCAUUUGAGCUGAGUGGGGAGUCAAGCCGUGUUCCUACCCGGCACUCUAACCACUACACUACCCUGACUCUAACCACUAGGCUUGAAAAGACGUCGGGCUUACUUCGAACAAGGGGUGUCCCAGGUAUUGUUAUGAAUCGACCUAAUAACAAUGUAUUUAAGUGAGUGCUUUUGUCAUCUCUGAGGAUCCCGUGUGGGAAAUUGGCUGGCCAGGGUAAACUAGCUGUUGGGGCAGCAAGCAGUAGAAGAAUCUGGUGUGAAAGGAUAUCAGGAGUCAAGAGUUGAACUAGUGAGCAGACGCAUUAUUGUGCAGGGAUAGGGAGGGAGGAAGGCAUGGGAAGCAACAAACAUUGGGGAAUUUGAUGUGGGGUGAAUGGGAGAGGAAGGCCUUAUGCAUAAGGAUCUUGAGGUGGGUCACAGGUAGUUUGGGUAAAUUUGACAAGUGUGGGGCUGGAUCUGAGGAAUAGACUUCCUAUUGUAUGCAAAAUUAAAAGAGCCAAUGUGUGGUAUGUAUUAUGCAAAAACGAAGAUACGGCAAUAGAGUUCUGAACUAUUACUAACUUCAGAUUGAUGUAACAUUUAAUAUGUGACUGUGUUUUUGUAACUGUUUAAGAUGUACAUUGUUGCUUUGGUGUUUUGUACACCACUUAGAAACAUUUUUAACACAUAGAAACUAAAUAAUCCACUCUGCCCUAUCAAGACUGUAGGUGAGAUGCCUUCUAUUUAACUACUUUCCUGUGUGAAAAGUUGCGUGCAAUAAGCAAGUGUGCUCACAAAAGGCUUCGUCAAACUUUCCAAUGUAGCACGCUGGCUUUUUAAAGGCAGGAUAGUGGGGAGAGAGCAGCAGCAGCAACAUUCAAAAAUAUGGUCCAUCACAAUUCUGCCUGUUGGUUCUGUGGCACAAAGAUUCUCAAGAGCUACUUUACAGUCUUAAAUUGCAGCCCUGGCUGCUGUGAGUGCACAGAUAUUACUCCGCUGUGUCUUGCGGAGUAAUAUGUGAAGUGUGAAUGAAAAUUAUAUAUCUUUUUUCAUGCAGUGGACAUGUGUUUAAGAGCUGUCGUCCUGUGGCACCCUGACUCAUGUCCUUGGGAAUGUUUAAGAACAUGAUUUGCCAUUUAGAUGUUUGUGAUGUACCUGUGGCAGACAUAUGAAGCAGCCGGAGGCAACACUGCCUGAAUUUAACUUUCUUUGGUCAUCUACUAUUAACUUCCCUUGUCUAAGCAGCUAAAGCUAUAGGCCAGGAAUGGGAAACCACUCCACCAACGACAUUCAGCAUGACCAAUGGUUAGGGAUGAUGGGAGUUCCUCAAUUGGAGGGACAAAGGCUCCCCAUUUCUGCUGUAGAAUGAAAUCCAAUGUUAGCCAUUCUCAGAGCAGACCCACUGAAACAGUGGAAUAACUCAAGUCCAUGGGUUUCAAUGGGUCUACUUUUGAGUAUGACUGAGUUGGAGAUCACCCAUUAUGUCCUGGGGGGUCCUGCAAUUGAUUGCUUAUCAAUUGAUUGUGGUAGCUCCUACCCCUUGGAAUAAGCAGCUAGUUGCAAUGACAUUUUAACUCACGCUGACCAAGGUAGAGAAUGAAGGGUUACAUGUGUGGGUCUGUAUCUCUCAUAUUAUGGUUUGAGGUGGGAAGAAACUCUCCUAAAAACCAGUGUGUAAAAUAUAGGUAUAAACACACAGCUUCUGUCUGACAUAGGCCAUCUUCACCUACAAUAAGUACUUUGUCGUAAUCUGUUUCCAUAAUGAGUUGUUGACUGUAUAAUUAUCUCAGACGUUUCUGAAUAUAUGUGUGUGGACUCACUUAACUUUUCACACACAUACAGCACACUCACAAGCCUUCCUGUGGGAAAAGUAAACUUUAAAUUCAGCAGGACUCACGGAGGGUAAAUUAUCAUAGCUGAGUGCUAGGGGAUCUGUCUUGUGUUCAGAAGUUCUCAGGUUGAAUCCCUGGUGUCUCAAAGCAGAGCUGCCAGAAACCCAGGAGAGCCUCUGCAAGCCAGAGUAGACAGUAUUGAACUAGAUGGAUAAACCAAUGGUCUUACCCGGUAACACAGGAAGCUCCCUUAUGCUAUGUACUUAGGAUUGCAGCAUGAAACAAAAUGAAACUUUUCUACCUGGGCCCUGAGCUGCAUAGGGUUCAGAAAACCAUGAGCCUUACGGAAUAAAAGGAAUGUGGAGUCAGAAUAGCGGGGGAUUGGAUGAAUGUGGAUUUUGGAUUGGACUACUUUUCAGCUAUAAUAAAUGGUUUACCUUAACACUUUGUUUCAUUGGUGUUGCUCAGAUUAGCUUCUUAAAUCCUUUUGUAGCAGUUUCCCUGAUAACACUUUCAAAAAGCACACUGGCAGCUUUCUCCCUGCACCUCAAUAUUGUCCCGAGAGAUGGUAGAUGGAAAUGCAGAACAUAACCAUAAUAGUGUAAUGAUAAAAGUGAGGAAAUCUGAGAUUUAAAACCGGAGAGGUUUAGGAAAGCAGCAAAACAAGCUCAAACCAUUGAACCACAGAAAGCAGGACUCCCAUCAGAUAGGCUAAGAUUGUAGUGAGUUUUUGGAAAUGGUUUUACUCUUCAUUCAAUUAAGCUAACUUUUCAACCGGGGGGAAAAACUUCUCAUAAUGUUGUUUGUUCAGUAUUGCAUUCCAAUACAAUAAAAAAUGAGUGUGUGAUGGGAGGUUUUCCAUGAUAAACAGAGAUGGCUAACUGGGGCAAUUGGUCUUUGCUGAAUUCAAGUGUGGAGAGAGGGGGGGAUAGCUUAAGAUCAUUUUCAGGAGCGCAUGUGAAAUUAUUCUGAAACAUACUCUGGCAUGUUCUCAUCUGUCAAAGAGCUGAUUUUAAAAUUUUUAUUUCUGUUUUACGUGCAAAUCCCACGGACUGCAUUUAUUUGCACAGAGCAGGUUGGGGUAGAAAAACCCUUCUCUUGACUGGGGAUUGGAAUGCAAAACUUGUAUGCAAUUCCUAAAUUAAGGGGUUGGCAACUUUUAUUUUGUCCCUGAUGAGAGUCAGGAAGGUUGCCCAAGUGAAACAAGGAAUAAGACUGAGAAUUCUCCUGCUGUGGGCUUCGGUAUUGUUUAAUCUUCCACUGAGGUCUGGGCUGCCAAUCCAGAAAAGGCUGUAGGCAGAAAGAAAUACAAAUAAUCCACAGCAAGAAACGGAUGCUGCUGCUGAUUGCAAAAAAGGCUGUGGGUAUUCUGGGGAAUGUUGGAAUGAAAAUAUCAAGUCUGUGCAAAUCAAACUGACGGGCCAAAUAGAGCUGUACCCUUUUGGGGUCCAGUUUUAUAAAGUCUUAAACCUUCACUUCUCCCCAUGAAGUUACUCAGUGCCAAUUAGAUUGACUGAGGUAGUGUCUCGAUGCUAUUUUGAGUGGAUUUCCUUCCUCACUUCUGCUAACAAGCAGCUGCAUUCCAUCCAUUGCAGGCAUGGGUAGAUGCAACCAAGAGUCACUGCUAACUGUUUUCAGUACAGUGGUACCUCGGGUUACAGACGCUUCAGGUUACAGACGCUUCAGGUUACAGACUUCACUAACCCAGAAAUAGUAUCUUGGGUUAAGAACUUUGCUUCAGGAUGAGAACAGAAAUCACCCUGUGGCGGCAGUGGGAGGCCCCAUUAGCUAAAGUGGUACCUCAAGUUAAGAACAGUUUCAGGUUAAGAACGGACCUCCAGAACGAAUUAGGUUCUUAACCCGAGGUACCACUGUAUAGCCUUCCAAAUUCUAUAUGUAAUGAGUCCAUGGGUUUCAUUCUAAGCUCCUGAAUGAUAAAUGUCCAUUUGGCAAUUGACCCCAGACCUCAAAGGACUGUCUGUAACUCUCAUCCUUACUGACGUAAACACAACUUGCUGAAUGAGGACCCGGCAAUUUUUUAUUUGAAGUUUCAGAGGCUAAAGGCUGCUGACUGCUUAUUAUGUUAACUCAUCAAUGUGGGAGAACACUCCUUUCUGAAAAUAGACUAAAAUAUGUUGUGAAAACCAGGAUACAUGCACCUGGUUCCUGGAGAGAGCAACCAGGAACCAGGAGGAAGCAGGAACUGAGGAGGCUGUGUAGCCUGGGAAGAGCUGCAAGGGCUGGACCUUUACUGAGCAGAGGGGGCCACAUUUGUCACUCAAAUCUUGGAUAAGCAUGUGAUUAUCCUCAAUUGGAUAAGCAUGUGAUUAUCUUCAUGUGCGCAGUUGGGGGUUAGAUCAUUUUCAUUAGAAGAAGAAGAUGAUGAUUUUGGAUUUGAUAUCCCGCUUUAUCACUACCCUAAGGAGUCUCAAAGCGACUAACAUUCUCCUUUCCCUUCCUCCCCCACAACAAACACUCUGUGAGGUGAGUGGGGCUGAGAGUCUUCAGAGAAGUGUGACUAGCCCAAGGUCACCCAGCAGCUGCAUGUGGAGGAGCGGAGACGCGAACCCGGUUCCCCAGAUUACGAGACUACCACUCUUAACCACUGCACCACACUGGCUACCUUUAUGCAAUGACCAUUAAUCAUAAGUUUGGCUACAAUAGCAAUAGCAAAGGUGAACGCUACCUGGGAGUUAGCCCCAGUGAACUUGAAAAACCCUGAGUCAGCUUUGUGGCUGUGGUAGGGACUACCUUUGCAAUCCAUAGCCAAGUCUGCUCGUACUUUCAACAGACUUGCGAAAAAUGAAGGUGUUGCUUAUUUAUGUAAUCACAAUGUUUCUGUGCCACCCAUUAACGGGUGUUCUCUUGGUGAUUCACAAAAGUUAAAGCCAUGAUGUGCAGAAAUGGAACAUAGACAUAGAACUGAGGAACACCAGAAAGUCAAUGGGCAGUGUCUAAACCCUUGUCAAAGGAUGAAUGAGUAGAGAUAGGCUGAGAAAAGAAGUUUAGCACUGUUGGUGGAGAGAAACCCAGCCAGGUGGUCAGUCUGUCCAUCCUAGAGGUCCCUAGUCUGUCCAUGGGAAGUGUCAUGGUCUAAUCUGGAGUGUCUUUUGGGUGGUCUUGAAACCCCUUGAUCAAAAGCUGCCUUGUUUCCUUGUCAGUGCCCUGGCUCAGGACUCUAAACUACAACAUCCUGAAGCUGGUGUAGUUAAUUUUUCUCUCAAUGGAUAUGGGUUUUUUUUAACUGCCUGCAAGGGGGAGGGAAUAAAAAGUGCCCCCCACUUCUUCCUUGGCCAGAGCAGGCCAACAGAGCUUUGGAAGUGAUUUAUGUUUCGCCGCUUAAAUCUCCAUCUCACUUAGGAUUGCUCUGCAAGGCAACUGGGUGAGAACUAAAGUUAAUGCAGUUUACACAAGCCAGUUCCCACAAAAGAUCAUCAGUGAACAUAAUGUUGAAAAUGAGGAAUGUGCACAUCAGCAGGGGAGCACUUCAGGGAUCCUGAACUCUUCAGUUAUUAGCCGUUGAUAUUCGAUGCUACAGAACUGGGCUCCAUAAGCCUAUUUGACAGAAUUUCUCAAGGUUUGAAUAGAAGGAUUGUAUGUGGCAAUUUUAUUGUAACCCCCCCAAUCCCCAACCCCACACUUCCUUCCAUUUGUUGCGGAAGUAUUCUUGUUAGGUCCCCCCCCCUUUCCUGUUCUCUCACCUUGUUAACUUGAUUGAUCAUCCUCUGUUCCUCCCUUGAGCACCUUCUUAGUGUGCUUUUACACAUCUGAUGUAAUAAACUGUUGCUGCAGAUGUUCCAGAGGCAAUAAAUCAGCUAGUCCCCAAGAGAUCAUAGGACCAUCACCUCCUAAUGCACAGCAUUUCUGUGGAGUGGAUUGGGUGAUACAGCUUUUCGUCUGUAGGGUGUUUUUGAGUUGCCAUUCGGCCUCUGCUUUCAAUGUUUCCCAAGUUAUGGAGCACUGCUAACCGGUCAAGAUCCUGGCAGUAUUUUAUUGCUAUUGGAGCUGUCACUUAAAUUGCCGUUAUCACAGCGUGUUUUGCACUUUUCCAGGAGUAGCACUGGUGUAACAGAAUUUUGGGAUGGUGGGAAGACCUAGAACCAUUUCUGAUCAUUCCACAGAGACUAUCCUUAGAAAGACAAUUCAGAUGCUCCUUGAUUUUGCAAAGGCAGAAAGAAUCACAAUCCUGGUUAUUUAAAACUACUAGCACAGCUAAUAAAUAUCAAGCAAGCAACUAACUGAAAUAAAUAGAGGCUUUUGAUUCAUGUGGCUGUCUUUCUGUGUGGGUGCUAUAUAACUAUGGACUUAGAGAAAAUAUUUUGCAAGACCUUAAACUUUUUUCUUGCCUUUUAGCAGAUGUUCUGCUCUCUCCUUGUUUCAAACAUGCCUUGCUUCCUUUUCUUCUAGAUUGGAGGUGGGUGUUAACUGAACCUGGUAUUGCUAAAGGGGGCUGUUGGAGCUUCUGGACUGUGGAAAACCAUAAGCGGUUUGAUGGGGCUUGAGUACAGACUAACAAUUUGGGAUGUGUUUGUGAGGAGUGUGAGAUACAGAAUGCAUUUAAAAUAAAAUAAAAUAAAAUUCUGUAAUAAUAAAACCUGCCAAUCUGUGCUAGCACAGAGUCUGGAACAGCUAUAUCGGUUUUCCUUGCCAGACCUAUAACAUGACUUAAGACAGGGAUGGGGAAUGUGGCAUUGGACUCCUAUAAUUCCUGCUCAUAGACCAUUCAGGCUGGGGUUGAUAGGAGUCUGAAGGCCAGUAAUAUUGUGAGGACCACAGGUUAGCCACCCCUGCUGUAAGUGAUGGUCCAAAGUUACCCAGUGUUUCCAUGACUAUGCUGGAAUUUGUAUCCAGGUGUGUUAGCGCCAUAAUUCCAUUUAGUCCAGUACUCUUAUCUCCAGCAGUUGCUGAGCUUGGGAAGCUUACAAGUACAGGGCAAUAUUGCAUAGUAUGUGGAUUUAAGUAAGACAAAGUAAAUAAGAGGAAACAGAAAUGCAAAGAAUAUAGGAAAUGUAAUUAGAAAGCCAUCUAGGGGGAAGGGAGGAAGGAGUGGACUCGAAAGAGUCAGAAUAUAUGUGAGGAUAAGAAAUGUUGAUGUUCUUUUUAUUGAAAUGGAAAACUAAUAAAUAUUGGGGGGGGGGUACAAGUACAGGGCAAUAAAAAACAGCUACUUCCUGAUAGUUUGUCUCCAGCAUCUGGUCACUAGAGAUAUAGCUGAUUAUGGAUGUUGCAUUUAUCUGUCAUGGCUAUUGCACCUAUCUCAUCCUUCCAUGAGUUUGUCUAAUCCCAAGCAAUAUUAUAGCACAAGAUGCUUAGGAUCUAUGGCAUCUUAUUGAUUAGUUAUUGCUGUCCUAAGCAAUGGGUUCUGCACUUUUGAAAUGAUCUGAUUUGAGCAAUUUGAGACCUUAAAAAAAUUAUUAAAGAUUUUCUUGGUUUACAAAAGUACAUGCAUUUUCUCUUUUUUCAGGUUGUAUUUUCUACAGAUCAGUUAUAUUUCUUUUGAGACAUUAUUGUUAUACACAGUAUAAGGUUGGGGAAGGAGAGGGUGGGUGGGAUGGUAAAACUUAUAUUCUUUUACUUAGUGUAUGUGUGGAGUUUAGCUCUCCCGUGGUAUGAAGAGGAGUUAAGAAGACUUGUGACCUUGCCUGGAAUUUAGCCUUUGGCCUGAUGCAACAUUAGUUCAGUACAGACGGUUUUACAAGUUCUGCUAAUGGAGAUUUCAGUAAUUGCAGUGCCCUGAUCCAUGGGGUUCAUGUUACACGAGCAUGUUUGGGCUAGGAGGAGGUACAGGAUCAUCCUUCACUUUGAAACGAGAACGACUUUUCAGGCAUGAGAGAAAAUCUGAAAAGCAAAGUCCCUUUUUUAAAAAUAGAAUUUGAAAUUGAUGCUGAAAUGUGACACUAGAAAAACAUAGAUAGAAUAGAUGUUGCUUCAUUUUAUAAUGCCCUGCUCAGAUUUAACACACGUGGUGGCACUUCGCAGAGACCAGUACUUUGAUACCUAGCAGUACAGUUGCAAAAGGUUUGGAUGUUUUUGUUGGAUCUACACAUGGAGUACAGAGAGAGAAGUUUUGUGCCUGUUGUGGGGUUCUUCAUCCUGUCUUGAAAAUACUUAUUUACCUUUAACCUUUCUAUUCUUGUUCAUAGGAAGACAGAGUUAUGCAUCUUUGUUUUCCCCAUCUAGUGCAGUUUUAUAAUCCACAAGAAACAGCAUUCUUUGUUCCCAGAAGCUUUCGCUUGAACCUGAUCAAUGCUGAUGUGUGUGCCUGCUAGGUUUUGGAAGUUUCCAUUCAUACAAAAUCUCUACAUUGCAGAAAUUUUGUGAUUUUUUUUAAUAAACAUUUUCUUAGAAUCCAACAAUAUGUCUGAACCACCCAUUCUAGCUAGAGACAGGUUUUCAUUAUUAAUGACCUUGCCUUUAUAUGAAUGAUUCAUUCAGUUGGCUAUUGAACAAUUAUAUAUGUCACAGCUAAAAAUUGGCCGCUGUUUCUUUAAUUCUAAAAGAACUAAGCUGGUAGUGUUGAUGUGUGUACAGUUGGCCGGUCAUUUCGCAGAUAAAGACUUUUAAGAAUAAAAGCAGAAAAUACUCUGCAAGGAUACUCUCUUUUAUGCCGACAAGGGUCCGAGAACCAGGUUGAGGAGACAAAGGAAGUCAGGACCUUUGCUUUUUUCAAACACUGAUAGGUUAUGGGCCCAGAGUUUCUGAGCAUGUACAGAGUACAAAACAACUGACAGCAUCUCAGUAGGGAGCUGGUGAGUUCUGGUGGUGGCCAGUGGCUGUGUGUUGGAGCAGUUGGUGGCAAGCUUUAACUGUCUAUAGUGACGCUGGAGCGGCUAGGAUCUGAGGAUCAGGAAAACUCUCAGUGUCAGCUACUGGAACAGUUUGAACUGCUAGAGGACCACAGUAGGUGACUCACAGAGCAGCUACACCGGUUGCAGAGCCAGGCGGGACCUGAGGGCCAACAGAGGUGGCAGCUAGAAGCCGGUGAGUGCCAGCCAGGAAAGUCCGGUCAGACUCUAAAGAGAGAGUCAGGAGAGAUUGCUGGAAGCCCCACUGAAGGGGCUCAGCAAGCACCAGCAGAGAUGGCAGAUUUCCAGUCUUCCCAAGUUGUAAUUACAGUGGUACCUCGGGUUACAUACACUUCAGGUUACAGAUGCUUCAGGUUACAGACUCUGCUAACCCAGAAAUAGUGCUUCAGGUUAAGAACUUUGCUUCAGGAUGAGAACAGAAAUCGUGCUCCGGUGGCGUGGCAGCAGCGGGAGGCCCCAUUAGCUAAAGUGGUGCUUCAGGUUAAGAACAGUUUCAGGUUAAGAACGGACCUCUGGAACGAAUUAAGUACUUAACCCAAGGUACCACUGUAUCGGGGAAGGCAUUUUUUUUUUACUUCUCUCAGAAAGCAACUGGCUGAGUUGGUCAAUAAGAAUGCAGCAGUUGCUAAGGAGAGAUGGACUAUGGGACUGUGUUGAGACUGAGGUUUUCAUAACAGACUCUGCUGAGAAAAGACGGCUGGAUGAAAGGGCUCGUGCCCAAAUUAUGCUGUGUUUGAGGAACUCUCAGUUAUUGCAUGUAGCAAAUGCCAGCACAGCGUUUGAGUGCUGGAAUUUAUUAAGGGCAAUGCAUGUCAGAGACACUGCUGGAACCAUAAUUUCUCUGACCAGAAGGCUGUUCAGGACUGUUAUGAAAGAAGGUGAGAGUUUGGCAACUCAUCUUCAAACGCUGAAAUCUCUGUUUCUUCAACUACAGCAGAGAGGUAAGCAUUAUGAUGAGACUGACCAAACAUACAUUAUCCUUUCAAGUUUGCCUGAAAGCUGGUUGCACAUGAUUAACAGCAUGGAGGGUAUGCGUCCCCGAGAUCUGACCCUUGAGUAUGUGGUUGGAAGGUUGACCAAAGAAGCAGAAAGAGAAUCAGAUAGAUAGGUUGAACUCCAAGAGUGGAGGAGUUACAGCCGAGGGGGCCAGCAGCAGAACCUUGCAAUGGAGCAAUGCCAAGAUUUGGACUUGGCCAUGGCAGUGAGGAGAUACUAUAGAUGCAGCCAACCCAGGCAUCUCUAGAGUCAAUGCAGGGCAAGACUUCCAGGAGACGACGUGGAGCAGAGACAGCAAUCAACACAGAAACAUAAGUAGAAGGGGUUCUCUUCAAGGAAGAAGAACAUGUGUUCUGCUCAGCUUGUGUCUGCAUUUCCUCGAGAGGAGAGGAAGAUACCUUGAGGAACGUGGUUGCUGGACUCUGGCAGCAGCAGGAUUAUCUGCAACAGUCGGGAGGACUUUAAGACCCUGGAGAAGCCAGUCGAAGGAAAAGACUUGAACUAUCUUGCUGAUGGUCCUAGAAGCAAGAUUGAUGGCCAGGGAACAUGUUUCCUGCAGUGCUUGAGCACUACUUACUCUACCAGAGACUCCGUUUGUCAGCAGUUUGGACUAUUGUUUACUGUCUGUAAGGUGUUUGAUUAAUGCAGGGUAUAGUGUUAAGUUCACGCAGGAUGGUUGUCUGAUAAAGAAUGGAACACAGAUAUGUGGCCAUGCAAAGAUGGAAAAUGGGUUAUAUGUAAUGCAGGACAAGCCUGUUAAACAGCCCAGGUGGUUCAGGAGAAUUUGCCAGUUCAUAAGGAGUGUGUACAUGAACUACAUAGAAAACAGGGUCAUGCAAAUUUUCAUGUGCUUUCAGAGAUGCCAAAGGUAUGCAAGAACCUAAAAGUAAAUAGCUGUAACUGUUUCCUAGAUUGCAAUGUAUGUAAAAUGGCCAAAUCUAAGAGGAAGCCUGUGGCUUCUAAAAGUGACAGAGUAUCUAAAGAGGUUUUAGAACUUGUCCAUUGUGACGUGAUAGGCCCUUUUCCACAGAAGACUGAAGGGGGCACCCGAUAUGCUUUUCUGGUACUAGUUGAUAAAUCAUGUUUGAGUUGGUUGUUUUUGUUAAAGCAGAGUGUUUCCCCACAUUCAGAGAAUGGGUUGCCCAAGCCGAAAAGCUCUUCACUCGCCCUGUUGUGCAGUUGCAAACAGAUGGGGUGGGGAAUUUUUGAAUAAACAGUUUGGGGCAUGGUCGCGACAUAAGGGUGGUCAACGUUAGUGUUGUGGUGUGGGUUGGUUGCUUGGUUAGAGAAAGUUGGUAGUGUUGAUGUGUGUACAGUUGGUCGGUCGUUGUGCAGACAAAGACUUUGAAGAAUAAAAGCAGAAAAUACUCUGCAAGGACACUCUCCUCGUGGACUCUUUUAUGCCGACAAGGGUCCGAGGACCAGGCUGAGGAGACAAAGGAAUUCAGGACUUUCCCUUUUUUUAACAUCUUGCACAUAUGUAAAGGUGUUACAAAGGCCUCUUUCUGUAGGGUAGCACUAAUGUCCUCCUGGGUAUGCCGUCCUGAAUUUCCAUCAACUUUGAGGGAGCCAGAUCCUAGUCUGAUCACUAAAAAUGUCAUCCAUUGAUAUUUCAGAUAAAAGAGAGAUUCCUUCAGCAUUUACCCAAUGGCAUGACAUACUCACCCAGUUCUAAUUAUAUCCUUUAGUUUGCAGCAGUCUCUCACAAUUGCAUACAAGUUUGUUCCUGUGCUGAUGCAUUUCUAAACUCAUUGGCAGUUCAGUUAAGCUUCCUUUAUAAAAUUGUUCCUAUAAGCAGAAACAUUUUAAUAUUGGGAAAGUUGAGGCAAAUGUCUCUCUCUUUUUCUCUCUCUGAAAAAAAUCUUACAUUGAACUGAGCUCUGGCAUCAAAAGAGAGUUCCAGUCAUCUGUCCUGUGACUGAAUCUUGGUGGUACUUUUUUUAAGAAUUCAAACAAUAUGCAGUGGUACCUCAGUUUAAGAACAGUCCAGUUUAAGAACGAUUUGGUUUACAAACUCCACAAAACUGGAAAUAGUGUCUUGGUUUGAGAACUUGAAUCCAAACGGUAGAAGGGCACCGGCAGUGUGAGGCCUCAUUAGGGAAAGUGCGCCUCAGUUUAAGAACAGUUUUGGGUUAAGAAUGGACUUCCGGAACGGAUUAAGUUUGUAAACCGAGGUACCACUGUACCUACAUAUGUAACUUGUGAUGAUAGCUCUGCACACACCUUUUGCCUUAAGGCUCACAAAUUAUGACAUAAAGACUGUUUUCCAUCUUACACUGUGCUUGAUAUAAAUAACUGGUUCUACCAACACCACGGAGCAAGAUUUGAAUAUACUGAUUCCCAAGUAAUGUGAGCUUGUAGAGCUUAGAUAGAUAGAUAGAUAGAUAGACAGACAGACAGACAAGCAGAUAGUGCUUCAUUUCUGGCACAGGAAGCCCACGUGUGUGUGUGUGUGUGUGUGUGUGUGGCCAGCAUGACCAUUUUAUCCCAGCCACAUCCACCUGCCUUGCACCUGUUGACUGAUGCAGACUAAGUAAUGUUGUGGUUGUUACGGAAUAAUCAGUGCCAAAUGCCACCCCCACUUUCUGUAGGAAUCUUCCUUUGCAUGUGCUGCUUGAUUCAAGCUGCUCCUGCAAAGGAAGAAAGUGCACUCCUGAUUUCUCUUCUGAAGUUAUUUCACCUGCCCCCCCGGCCAAAAGAGCUCAGGAUCUUGCCUGCUAGCCAGAUCCUGUUUCCCCGCCUCUGAGCUAUCUUGGUGCAAUCUACCUCAGAGCUCAAGCGAGUGAAGAAGGAAAGUGACUUUGCAUUUAUGGAACACAUGGCAAGCCUCCCACAUGCCCCCUCCUCCUGAAAGGAUGUGCUCACACCUUACUCCGUGUAGCUGGCUUUCCGCAGUUCCCCUCCAUCUGGUGCUUUUCUAUUCAGAGUCUGGCACAGGGCCACUGAAAAACAAAAAAGGCAACCCAUAGCAACAGAAAAGGAAUGUAUAAAAAGACUUCUUUAACAACACCCCCAAAUUGUUCUUGUAAAAUCAGGCAAUCUAGACUACUGUAACUUCUUCCCACCUUUGGUUUCCAUUAAGGCAUGUGGAAACAGGAAAUGGCAGGUCCCUAGCACAUGCCUUAUCAAAGUGGUUUCAGAAUAAUGUUAGCCCAUUGAGAUUGCAAGCAAAGUCCUACUGGGUCAAGCCAAAGGCAAAUGUAACCCAGCUCCUGUGUUGGGUAGAAUGCAGAAGGUCCCAGCUCCAGUUCCCAUCAUCUCCAAGUGAGACUGGGAAUGUCCCAUGCUGGAAACCUUCGGGUGUUGUUGCCACUCUGUCAACAACGUUGAGCCAGAUGGGCCAAUGGUCUGAUCCUGCAGAAGACACUAUCUAUGUUUCUGUGUUGUCCUGGGGCCUAUCAAAAGCCAAAUGCAGGACCUGAGCACAACAGUGCUGAAUCAGUAAGCAUUACUGCAGAACUGGAUUGAGCUACCAGAACUGAAUAGCAGAUUUCAAGCUUGUGGGGUGACCAGAAUCCUAAGAACCAAUUUCAGGAAUUUUGCAGACCUACAGUUACAGUCAUACCUUGGUUUUCGAACGCCUUGGUACACAUAUGUCUUGGCUUCCGAACACCGAAAACCUGGAAGUAAGUGUUCCGGUUUUCAAACGUUCUUUGGAAGCCGAAUGUCCGAUGAGGCUUCUGUGGCUUCCGAUUGAGUGCAGGAAGCUCUUGCAGCCAAUUGAAAGCCACACCUUGGUUUUUGAACAGUUCUGGGAGUCAAACAGACUCCCAGAACAGAUUAAGUUUGACAACCAAGGUACCACUGUAAUGUCAACACUUCUUCCUGGUAGGAAUCUUGAUGCAACAUGACAAGAGUGUGAUUUGGGGUCCCAUGCAAUAUCAGAGUGUGAGCCAGCCCAAUAUUAUUUUUUUAUUUUGUAUACCACCUUAUACUCAUGGGUCUAUACCCGCAAUAGGAUUUUCUUAUCCUUUAGCACAUAGUGACGGACUGGCAUAAAGAAAGGAAAUGCCUUCAACUCCAAUUCUGAUAUUAAAGAGUGGUGUCAACUAAAGAACACUUUGGGUGGACCUUUUUAGACUUGCCUGACCUUGUUGAGACUAGAUCUUGGUGUCAAGAUCAACAGAAAUCCAGCUUAAUUUCUCUAGUCGUUCUUGUUGUUAGUCACGUACAUGAGCUGACCUUGUGCAUGUCUCUGUACUAACAAAUCCCAUGAAGGUGAAUUUGUGGCUGAAUUCUCCAUGUAGUAGGCAUGCCUGUGUUGCAAAGACACAUCUACUACAAUAAGAACUCCUUCAUAAGAGGAUUGUGGAAUUGGCUGCACCAUUAUAACUAUGAAGCUGCUUUCUACUGAGGGUGGCUGCAGAAGAAGAAGGGGGAGAGAAUCAAAGCACAAUGCCUAUUCACAGAGGCCAAGCCACAAUUUAGCAAUUGCAUCUGAAUCAGACUAAAGUUGCACAGUCCGGAGACUGCAGCGUGUCAUCAUAUAGGGUUAGUAAAUGGCAAGGGUCUCUCAGAGAAAAGUAUUUCUAGUGAUCAUAAUUUGGGGCAGGGGGCAGAAUUAUCACUGAUUAUGGCAAGACAUCAUCUGGAAUGUUAUCCCACGCCAUAUAACGGGAUCCAGUUUCCACCCAGCAGAUUUUGGCCAACCUGAGGACCUAAUAGUUAUUCAGUCUUCAUUGGUCAACUUCACACAGUGUGGCUCUCACUCAUCCACUAGAACAGAGGGAGGCAGAAGCAGCUCUACUACUUACAGAACAAUGGAAUGAAGCACCACACAUUUUCUCUACUGUCUGUAGAACUACAGACUUGUGGACUUAUCUCUUUUUCUUUUUUGCCCUCUACGAAAGAGUGAAGUACCAGUGGGCCAGUUAAUUCCCUCAAUGGGUGAUGCACAGUAUGUCUAGAUUCUGGGUAUCCAAAGAGUAUGGUGAUUCUACCUUUGACAAAUAGUAUAGUUUAUAGUAUGGUAUGUGUGUGUGUGUGUGUGUGUGUGUGUGUGUGUGUGUAUCAUAAGAGAAGCAACCCAAUCCCACUUGUGUGCUUACUUGCUAGUAAGCCAGUGGAACUUGCUCCUAAGAAACAGUGUUUAGGAUUGCAAGUCCAGUGAAAAUAAUUUCUUUUAACAGAACAGUAAUAUUUUAAACUAAAUUCUUUUGGGUUUAGGGAACGGAGAGAAGCACUGAUGAUUUCCCUGACUCGUGCUUGUUUCUAUUAUGUACCGGUAUUUUGCAUUCUCAUUUUGCAUUUUUAUAUUGUGAAUAGCCCUGUGAUCUUCAGAUGAAAGACAGUAUACAAAUUGAAUCAACCAAUCAAUUAAUUAAUUAUAAUGGUGAUGGUGAUGAUAACAACAACCAAGUGAUGCACAACCAGUUAAAUUUAUCAGGAAAUUGUCUUCGCCUCAGACCACAGAACUCAUUUUAACCACUGUAAUCUAUGUUUGGCUGUUUCUUUAAUUAAAAAGGAAAAUAAGUCUUUUCUCACUUGCUUUCCCUCCGCCCUCCCUUUCCAGACAACAUAAAAUUACAAGCCCUUUACAAUUUACCACUCCUGUUGCAUCCUGGGGGAUCUCUCUCCAGAUGUUCCUGACCGCGGUUGCAGGCAUGCUAAAAAAAGAAAAGGAGCUGCCCUCCCAUAAACCUUUAAUUGAUCCUUUUAUUCUCCCAACACAUGUUGGAACAGGACUUUGAAAGAGUUUAGUCAGUACUGCAUGACUGCCCAUCCUGCGGGAAGAUACAAUCGGUGAAGCUCUUAGCUUAUAUGUGCUUAAUUUAUAGCAAAGGUGAGAGCGGCUUCACCUACCCUUCGGGCAACAUCUUGCCUUGAUGUCGACGAGCAAGCUGAGUGUCUUCCUUGUGAAUCUGCAGCUCAGAGCCAUGAUUCAGUGUAAAGUUAUGUCUCUAAUAAAAGAGAGGGCUGUUUUGUUUUGUUUUAUCUUGGAGGUGCAAUUACUUUAGAGGCUGAUGGGGGUGAAAAACAGCCCACGGGUAAUAGCGUAUAUAUGUUACUGUGGAGUACUUCUGCACCUAGGAGGGAAUUAUGCCAGGUUCAGUCCAGGUAGGUCUUGGACUGUCCCAGGCCUGAAAUGCUGGAGAUCUGUUGUCAGUCUGUGUAGACAAUACUGCGUUUGAUUGGCUAAUGGUCUGCCUCUGUAUAAGAUGGCAUUCUGUGUUCUUUGAAUAGCUUGGGAAAUUUCCCUGCACAGGGCAUUGAGCUGAGGGGGACUAAUAAUAAUAAUAAUAAUAAUACCUAUAUUUAUAUGGGUGCCUACUCAAAGUGAGGGGGAACACAGUAAAUUGUGCCCUUCCUCAAGGUGCCAUAUUACCAAAGUCCACCCCUGCUGACAGUAACCGCAUUAAGUGACUUAUCUGAUUUAACUUUCAAAAUUUUAUGGCCCAUUGUGGGUUUCCAAAUCUUUUCAGUUGUUGAAACUUUUGAAUUAUCAGCUCCAAGGGGUGGGGGAGGGUGUUUAAACUGGGAGAUUUCUCCCUCCCCUCCAGAGCAACAGCUUGUCUUUGAGCAGCAAAAAUGUUCCAGCUGACUUUGAAAACAGUGCAGGGGUAAAGAGAGAGAAAGAGGGUAAAUGUUUAACUUUCAUUUCUUCAGUAACAAAACAGGGUAGGAUGUUAACUUAAACUACAGCUGUUCCCCUUCUCUCAUAUAAUGAACUGCUGCUCCCUAUGGAAAAGCGGACGAGGCUCUGGAGAAACAUCAGCUUCUGAUGCAGACAUCGCUAUAACAAUCCUCCACAAAAUACCAUCAAGUGGGCUUAUUGCAAAGGUAAAUGGCCUUCAUCUAGGUCUAAUGAAGAAGGCUUUCAUAUAUGUUGGCUGUAAUUUUUACAUGGUAAAAGAGCCUUGUUGUGUUUGUGUUUUCACUCAGUAUCAGCCACCCUGCGACGGCUAAGGAAACACUGGAUGGCACCAAUGCCAGUCCUCAGAGCAGACAUAGUGGAGUUCACAACUAAGUUCCAUCCACUAAUUCCAGCAGGUCUACUCUGAGUAGGAUUUAGGAAAUUUUGAGGAUUGCCCCAACUUCCCUUCAUGUUUCUUCAGCGUGCUCAAGCUUGGGAACGAAGUACUUACAAAGCUGCCACUGGAUCCCAAUCUAGGAUGUGACCCUGACACUUUUCUACUAAAAACAGGGGGAGAGAACUUCUGUAAAAGUACAAUUUGCUCCAAACAGCAUCUUCAGGGGCAUAUAGAGACCAGGGAAAAGGUGAUAUUUCAGCAGGAAACAGCCCUUGGGGCCCUGAUCCAGAUCCAGAACAUGUUCCAGAUCAGAGCUCUGCAGCUGCUUUUUCCUCAAACGAAGAGGCCAAGUUUAAGCAUCCCAUUUUCAAAUAUGCCGACAACAUAAAGUGUAUUAAAGGAGCACAAGUAAGAGUCCUACUACAACAGACCAAAGGCUUAUCUAUCUCAGACUCCUAUUACCCACAGUGACCAGCCAGAUGCCUAUGGGAAGCCCACAAGCAGGACGUGAGGAGGGCAAUUGCCUCACCUGCUGCUGUUUUGCAGCAACUGGCGUUCAGAGACACAAUGUCUCUGAUUCUGGAGGUAGCAUCUAGCUGUCAUAACCAGUAGCUGCUGAUAGCGUUAUCCUUCAUGAGUUUAUCUAAUCCCCCGUUUUGUGGCAGCAAAUUCCAUAGCUUUAGCUAUGCACUGUGUGAAGAAAUACCUCCUUUCAUCUUUCCUGUAUCUGCCACCAUGGAUAUUUAUUGGAUAGCCCUGCAUUCUAGAAUUCGGAAAGGGGGGCUUAUCUCUAUCUUCUUUCCCCUCUUUCAUCACUUUAUAAACCUCUGUCAUGUUUCCCAUUACAGUACUCUAGAAUCUGUCCUAUGGGCUCACUAAAAUAAUAAAUGCACAAAAAUCUGAAAUCUUCCUGCAUUUUUAAACAUCAAUGCCUGGAGGGGGCUUUCAGCAUAAACGGCACUUUCAAUUGUGAGUUGUUCUGGGCUGUGGAGUAGGCUGAAAGUGUACAACCAAUUCUAAUUGGUAGGACAUCACAUGAACUGAACAUGUCUAUACUCAUUGGUUAAACAUGCUCCUUGGCUAAAGCAUAAAGUGUAUACAGUCAUACCUUGGUUCUCGAACAUAAUCCGUUCUGGAAGUCCGUUUGACUUCUGAAAUGUUCGAAAACCAAGGUGCGGCUUCCGAUUGGCUGCAGCAGCUUCCUGCACUCAAGUGGAAGUCGUGUUGGACAUUUGGCUUCCAGAAAACAUUCGAAAACUUACUUCCAGGUUUUCAGCAUUCGGGAGCCAAAACGUAUGAGUACCAAGGCGUUCGAGAAUCAAGGUAUGACUGUAUUUGGAAUGUCAAAAGGUGGUUGCAUGGUGGAGAAGGUGUAAGGGAGCCGUGUACCUAAGAUUGGUUUGCACUCCUCCCUUCAUCUUCUGUGCUCCAGUUAGCUUCCUGAUUAGUGCAAACUAUCAUCUUCUUCUUUGGCAAUCACUCGUAGUCAAGUAAGAUUGUCUUCCAUGAACACUAUCUGAACCAGCAAGCUGUGAUUCAAACUUGCACUCCAGUCUAGAACAUGUUUCUAUUUCUGGUUUGGAGGGAAGUACAAACCAUUGUUUGUCAGUUUCUUAUGUAACAGCAAAUGAUGGUUUGUACUAAGCAUGAAGUAAGCAGAUUGGAGCGCAGGAUGGGAGAGGAUGCAAUACCCAAUCACUUAUGUGUUACCCAACCAUGGUUGGCAUUACAAGUGAACUGGCUUGUACUCACUAUUUGUGUGUAAUAUUAGUUUAAACACCUUUGUCUCUACAUCUUGCCUCUUAUGCCAGACAUAUUAUAUGCAGCCCACCUUUUGGGCUGGAAUCAAAUAAGUAUUGUACCCCCAGAAUGCUGAAGGCAGCUGGAAAGAAGGGCCAUUGUGUUCACACUUGUCCUACAUCUAGGCAAACAGGUUUGAUGGGAUUUUUUCCAGUGGUUCAAAACCUGAUUGAUCACAGGUCAAAAGAAGUGUGACACACACAAGCACAGCACGGGAAAUAACACUUUUGCCUUUAAAACUGCCAUCUGUUUCCAACCUCUAUAGAAACCAUUGUAUCCAAACUUCAGUUAUUUGAAAGGUCGUGUUCCAUGAAUUUCUUGAGACAGUAUAAGCCUAGGUAUACAGUAGCAUUCUUGUUUUAUCCUGUCUUAUUACUCGCAUGUUUUAAAUACUUUUAAAUACAUGGGGCUGAUGAGGUUAUAUUACAUAUGCUUCAAUUUUCUUACACUGCAGUUAAAUUGUUAUGCCCAUGCUCAAAGUGUUCUAACAAGGGUAGUGUUCAGAAAGGGUUUUACUUAUGUGUUUGAAACAGAUGUCUUCCCUUAAGUGAGUUUCCAUAAAUGGGCUUGGUGAAAAACAAGUGUGGUGAUGACAUGCUUCCUUGGAAAUAUAUUCUAUAGAGCCGCCUAGGGCCACUUCACCAUCUCAAAAUCAGUGGAUACAUCUGUGUUGUACCUUGCAGUGUGCAUAAAGCAAGCUUGUUCCUUCUUUUAACUACAUGUGCUAAUAUGUACUGGCCUUAAAGAGCUAGCUUGUGACUGGCCUCCAUUCUCUUUUGGUGUGUACAAUCAUUGUAAGAGCACGCUGUGUACUUUUAUCUGCAGAACCCUACUGGGUAUGCUAUGUGUACAAGCAACAUACCUGCUCGUUUUGCAGCAUGAUGUAAGUCUGAGCUGGCAGCACCGGUGGACAUCUUUUCAUAUCCAGAAAGUCAAGUUAGUUAUGUAUGUGCCCUUAAGGGAGAAAGUCUUAUUUUUAAUUUCAGUGAGCUCAGUAUGGUGGUGGAGUUGCAAGAAAAUCUAAUUGGAACACUAGGCUCCUUUUGAAUGCAGUUUGUGUUAGUUCUGAGACUUGAUAGCAAAUAUAUUCCACAGUCAUUUGAAUAUGGGUAGAAAGUUUGAAAGCAACUCUACAUGUGUGAUUCCUUUCUUAUGUAUGAUCUUAAUCUGCUAGGAGUCCCUAAAGGUGCAAAUAUACAGAAUAACACAAAUCCAUUACAUGUUUUCACAACAAAAUUAAUCAAACUAUGGUUUUUAAGGCCUGCAUGAAUGUGUGGAUUCUCAGAAAAGAAGUUGCAGCUGCUUUGCAUCUCCCCAGUCUCUUUGGCUCCUGAGUCAUGCUGAGCUAAGGCAAGAUUUUGCUUGGUGUGUUGUCUGAACCAGGACUUGUGAUUCAGCUCUCUCCUCACCAUAACCACAAGCUGCAGCCAAGGUUUGUUCCUGUCUAUGGCUUGUGGUUAAGCUCCCUCUUCACUAACCUUAGAUGCAACUCAUGGUUAGUGCGGAGAUCUCUUAACCACAAGUUCCAGAUCAGAUGACACACCAAGCCAAACCUUGAAUUAAUGCAGUGCAGUGCAGCAGUAAAAAGGACCAGGGAGGAGCAAAAUGGCAGUGAGCUCUUCUCCAGGAGACCACAUAUCUGUGCUAAGGCAUACUUUGUGUCAUGCAAACCAGGCCAUAGAAUAAGCAGGCAAGGGAGACCCAUGUUGCUCUGUUCACUUUUCUGUGUUAUGAAGAACAUGUUUGGUUUUUAUAUCUUCAAUAUUCUUAACUUUGGGGAACUUGCGUAGAGUAGUGCAGGGGUCAGCAAACUUUUUCAGCAGUCUGUCCCUCAGACCUUGUGAGGGGCCGGACUAUAUUUUUUGGGGGGAAUGAAUGAAUUCCUAUGCCACACAAAUAACCCAGAGAUGCAUUUUAAAUAAAAUACUCAUGUAAAAACACACUGAUUCCCAGACCAUCCGCAAGCCGGAUUUAGAAGGCGAUUGGGCCGGAUCCGGCCCCCGGGCCUUAAUUUGCCUACCCAUGGAAUAGAGCAUUGAAAUGGGCUGAUAUGGGUUUAAAUACCUGGUCGCACAUGAAGCAGGUGCCUAGCCUAGCUCCCACAAGGAUUGUUGCAAAGAUAAAAGAGGAAGGGGCUGAACCCUUGUAUAGGACCCUGAACUCCUUGGUGGGAAGAUAUUGAAAUGGUUAUAAACUGGUGCAAAUUCUAUUUCCUUGUUUGUUAGAACUUCUCUGGUUCACUUGGCUUAAACAUCAGUGCAAAGUAGCACCUGCCCAUGCCAGAUAAGACUCCAGCCUUUUGUGUUUAGCUUGUUUACAAUCUUGUGUGUGUUGCUUUCCUGCUCAGAAUCUUUUGUCUGGCGGAGUGGUGCCCUUUUACUGGUGGCAAGGGAUUUAGGGGAGUGGGGCAGAUGAUGGUUUUCCUUGUGCUUGAAAAAAAUGAUAAUGAAUUUUCCCCUCUUGCGCUAAACAAAACCAGGAAACAGUAAAAAGAAAGUUGAGGAGGAAAUGAGGAGUUUCUCCUGCUUCCAUAUGGGCACAUGAUGCCCACCAUCUGGAAGAGCCAUUCUUGGAGGGGGACCCCAUUUGCUGUUCUCCACCCCACCCCCUCCCAAAAGGUAUCAAUAAAAGAAAAUUAGGGCUCCUUCAGACUGGUGGUUUUCUGUGGGUGUAUUCUGCAGCCUGCCAGUGAUGCAACAAUAGUGCAUUAGUACUGGAUUUAUACUUGACUGUCCACGCAUCAUUCCAUUUUGCUCUGUAAUGCUUCCCCAGUGUUUUUGAAUUAUUAUCAUCCAGAGGGGCACUCCUGCACUAUAGUGCAACAGAAGUGGAACAGUCAAUAAAUAGUGACAUUUGUUCAUAUAAUAAAUAAUAAUAAUUUGUGGCACAAAAGUUAUAGUAUUUCCACAGGACGCUAUGGGGCAUGCACUGGUUGGAAGCAAAGCAAUAUGACCACCAUAAAACUAAUGUAGGUACAAACGAUAUUGAAAGCAGGAUUGAAUAAAACUGCCUCGUUCCACAAAUAAUCCUGAGCACGCCAUAAAAAGGGAAUCUGCAGGGGUCCUUAGACUUGAGUCUGUGCUUAGACUUGAGUCUGUGUUUACAGUGGUACUUCGGGUUAUAUACGCUUCAGGUUACAUAGGCUUCAGGUUACAGACUCCGCUAACCAAGAAAUAUUACCUCGGGUUAAGAACUUUGCUUCAGGAUGGGAACAGAAAUUGUGCAGCAGCGGCGCGGCAGCAGCAGGAGGCCCCAUUAGCUAAAGUGGUGCUUCAAGUUAAGAACAGUUUCAGGUUAAGAACAGACCUCCAGAAUGAAUUAAGUUCUUAACCGAGGUACCACUGUACAGACAUGGCUCUCUGCUUUUCUGCUGUAGGUCACCUUUUGUGUGUACAGUGGUACCUUGGGUUAAGUACUUAAUUCGUUCCGGAGGUCCGUUCUUAACCUGAAACUGUUCUUAACCUGAAACACCACUUUAGCUAAUGGGGCCUCCCACUGCUGCUGCACUGCCAGAGCACGAUUUCUGUUCUCAUCCUGAAGCACAGUUCUUAACCUGAAGCACUAUUUCUGGGUUAGCGGAGUCUGUAACCUGAAGCGUAUGUAACCUGAAGCAUAUGUAACCUGAGGUACCACUGUACCUUACUCUUCACACCAGAAUGUCAAUGGCUAGUUGCAGGGGAAAGUGGGGAAGGGGAGAGAGCAGCAGUGGAAGUGCAGGUGAGGGGAGGUGUAGCCCUUUUCUCCUUGUCCCAGCAAAAAUUUGCACACACUUUCUCCCUCCCUCCCUCAUUCACUCUCCUCUUUCUCACACCAGUGCCCCCCCACACACUGCAUUGGGAGAGAAGCCUCAUGGAGGAUAAGGCUAUGUUUUGCCCUCCACCAUUGUAAGCAGUGUGCCUCUAAUUGCCAGCUGCUGGGAAUCACAAGCACAGGAGAGUGCUGCUGCAGUCAGGUCCUGCUUGUCCCCAUCGGCAUCUGGCUGGCAGUGUGAAAACAGAAUGCCGGACCAGGUGAGCCUUUGACCUGAUCCAACAGGGAUGCUCUUAGGCUGCACCAAGUCCUUGUAAACCUCAAGGCAGUUCUUCUACUGAAAUUCAACUGAAGCCAGUAGAAUUGUCCCACUAAACUUCCUUUUUAUAGUAAAAGUAGCCAUAAAACAUAGAUACAGUGGUGCCCCGCAAGACAAAUGCCUCGCAAGACGAAAAACUCGCUAGACGAAAGAGUUUUCCGUUUUUUGAGUCGUUCCGCAAGACGAAUUUCCCUAUGGGCUUGCUUCGCAAGAUGAAACGUCUUGCGAGUUCUUGCGAGUUUGUUUCCUUUUUCUUAAAGCCGCUAAGCCGUUAAUAGCCGCUAAGCCGCUAAUAGCCGUGCUUCGCAAGACGAAAAAACCGCAAGACGAAGAGACUCGCGGAACGGAUUAAUUUCGUCUUGCGAGGCACCACUGUAGUCUGGGUUAAGCAGACGUGGCUCAUAGUUCCAUGGUGGGCUGUAACAUUCUCAUUUCAUAUUUCUUCUAUUUUCCAUGGGAAUAAUAUUUAUUAUUUUAUGUAACGGGCUACCUCCUAAGUUGUUUUUAUCAAAACUAGUUUUCUCGGAUUGUGAGGAAGGAGACAGAGCUAGCUCUGUGAAAUCCUUGAGGUACCUAUUGGGUGGAGCUUCUGUCAUUAGUGAUGUGAAAUGCCAACCUCCAAAGUGCUUGCACAAUUUUUAGCUGAAACUUUCUUAGUGGCCAAGCAUUUCCCUAAUAGCAAAGUAUCACAGCACAGUGAGUGCAAACAAGGCACUCCUGCUCCACUUACUUUUUUGAAUAGGGUUUUUUUAAAAUCUAAGAGUGGCCAGCAUGGUGCCCUUUUCCCUCAGAAAAAGUUUUGUUAGGUCACUGGGGGUGCCCAGCUGUCAAUUUUCCUUCCUCUGCAUGUCUGUAGGGUUAUGUAAAAUCCCCAGAGUUCAGAUCUCUUGUCUGAUGUGUUUUUUAUUUGCAUAAGACUGUUUUCAGUUCAAGGGCAAAUGGCAGCAUUGCCUUUGGGAUUCACAACAUUUCCUAGGAUUGUGCAGUUUUCAGAGGACAGCAGACUUGCAUAAUCUCUGCAGUGGUUGUGUCGGUGACCGAGAACAUGCUCAUAUUAUUCUGCCGCUGCCCUUGUACCCAGUUAAUGUUUGUGCAUUCGUUCAGCACUUUCUUGGGAAGCUGUGAUGCGCUUUGAAAAUGAUUGUGUGUGACUGUGAUAUCAACAUAUUCCAACCCCUUAAUUUUGUCAGAAUUUCAGAUUCUAGAGUGUUUGUAUACAGUGGAACCUCAGUGGUCGAACACGAUCUGUUCUGGAAGACAGUUCAACUUCCAAAACGUUUGACAACCGAGGCGCAAUUGCUGGUCUGCAAAUUCCUUUUAAAAAGUGGAGAAACGUGGAAGCUGUUCAACUUCUGAGGCACGUUCAGAAAUGGAAGCAUUCGCUUCUGGGUUGUCGGCAUUCUGGUUCCGAAUUGUUCGGCUUCUGAAGCUUCCGACAACCGAGGUUCCACUGUAUUAAGUUUGGGGAUAAAUGGCAAAAGUCAUGUCCACAAACUCAGAGCAAAUUAGCAAUGGUGCAAAUGAUAUGCAAUCACCCCAUGGUACUGAACAGCAUUUUUUUAAAAAAAAAAACCUUUUAUAAAUAGCAACUUUAUAUACAAGUAAAGUAAAAAGGAAAUCAAUUUUAUGGUGAAGUUGGAUUGCUCUGAAGGGUCUGUUUUCAAACUAAGAUGCACUAAAGCUAUUGCAUCUAAAUUCAAAGCAUCAGUUACUUCUGUGACAAAGCAUCACUGAUGGAAAUUGAUCAGAAAUUAAAUCUUACUGUGGCAUACUACCUACCCUACAUUUAAAGCACACAACUUUUCCCCAAAAGAAUCCUGGGAAUCGUUUACCCACACAGAGAAAGCAACAAUUCUCAGCACCCAUAAGCCACAGUUCCCAGAAUUCUUUGGGGGAAGACAUGUGUGGUGUGUAAACAGUCUUCAACACUGAAAAUGGGACAGCACACCUGAGGUCAGCAGGCUUGCUUAGAGGACUCUGGGUAAGCUCUGUAGCACACACAGCUCCAUCCUCAUUACUUCCCAGCAUCUGCCUGAGGCGGCUGCCUCACUCUACCUAAUGACAGGGCUGGCCCUGGUUUCAGGCCUUGCCUGCACAUUAAAGCAAAUGUCUGCUAAUCAUAUCAGGUGGGUUGUUAAGUUGGGGGACAGUUUUUAUUGGAAGGAUUCCUUCUCCAGCCAGGAUCUCUUCCAACAAAUUACCUCACAUAGCAAUUAGUCAUAUGGAGAAAAGUUCCCACUAGCUCUAGGAUUGUGCUGUUUUCUUCUUUGUGGCAGUGGCAGGGAUUAGCACCGCAAUUCUCCUCCUCAUCCUCUCUCCCCACUCCCACCCACCCCACGGAUAUUCCAGAACGUUGCUGGCAGGUUUUAAGUGCUCUUUCAGUGAAAGGUAAGAAUUCUGUAAAAUCCAACGGGGGUGGUUUUAUGCCCUCCCCAUACACCUUUAAAAAAAGUCGGGGGGGGGUGUCUGUUGUUGUCCUAGGUCCUUUCCUGCUCUGUCGCAGUAUGACCUCCCCCAGUUUCCAUCAUUAGAUAUUCACACCAGGAUUGACCAAUGUUGGAAAUGGGAUCUAGAUUUCAUACUUUAAAAUUUUCAUCUAUAUCUAUCUAUCUGGAGUGUGUGUGAGUGUGUAUGUGUUUGGUCAGAACUGGAAUAUAAUAUGCAUAAAUAUAGGUUUGCCAUAUUUCAAAAAGUAAAAACCAGGACACUCCGAUUUUUUGAUUGACUUGCCUAAGAUCCAGGACAAAGCGCUGCCUUUCAGAAAUCUCCCCCACCUCCCUACCACCUCAGAUGUCAAUUCCACCUUUGAAAUCCCGGUAACGUCUGGGAAAAUCCAGACAUAUGGCAGCCCUAUAUAAAUAUCAAUUUGCAUAUGUAAAAUUAAAAACAUUCUGCACCAUACAUAAGGCAAUGAAUGUAAAAGUAAUUUUGUUAUUAUUAAAAGCCCUACUGUAAAUGUGGAUUGCAAUAAAAUCAGUAUUGAUAAAGAAGCUUUGAAUUGUUGUGCUGACUUACUGAACAUCCACCUACAUAAACAUGAUGAGAGGUCACCAAACUCAUAUUAAACACUACAGCCACAGUCCUAUGGUAUGCGAACAGCCUCUGAAGGAGACAGAAUAGGCAGGCAGUGUGGAACAUCCUCUUUGUUUUACCUUGAUUUUUUAGGAAAAUCUGAUCACAAAUUAGGAAACUCAGUGGAGCAACUUUUGGAUCUGAUGCUCUUUCAACUAGCACAAAGUUGAUCUGAUAAAGACACCCAUUCCCUUACUUUUUAUAGUACAUUUAUUUCUCUUGCAUAGCAAUUAAGGCUGCACUUGUACUAAACCUAUCUGACAUGCUAAAUAGUUCAAAGUUAAGAGCAAGUCCUCUUAAUAAGUUAUGGCAAACUCUUAAACCACCAUCUUAUUUAAAUGUUACAAGUGAACUAUUUUUAGAUGUAGAGCAUCAGUUUUGAGUGCAAUUUGUGUUCCACCACCAUCCAAACUAAGUAUAAGGGGAGCGGGAGGCGGAAAUCAACCUUCACUGGCAAAGGAAAUACAUGCUGACCUAUUUUGCACACUUAUUUAUAUUCAAGGUGCUUCUCUCCCUCUGUAUAAGAAGCUGCUGUGACACAAUAUAUUUUCUAAAUUCUCUCUGCACUCUUGAUUUGUGCUGAUCUUUCUACUGUAGUAUUGCCCUCGAAGUAAGAGGGUUAAGUAUUCUAAUGAAUGUUUCUCUAGAAUGAAUCCAAAUUUUACAAGAGUAAUUUGCUGAAAUAAUAUUUUCUCUCUCUCUUUAAAAAUCAUGUGGCUUUUAAAAAUUCAUUUGCCAGUACGCUCAUAUUUCUUGUGUAAAACAAAUGCAAACAGUAAUUUCACCCUGAAAAUGUAUGUGAAAUUUAAUUUGAAGUAUCUCAUUGCUCAUCUGAAAUACUAAAUCUGCAUAGUAGCCAUGAGGAAAUUAUAUAUUUGUGAAACUUUUGUACUUCCAUGUUGCAUCAAUUUUUAAAUCAUCUUUUGAAACCAUGUAUGUUGGGUGGGGUUCAUCUAGCAAGUCUCAUCAGUGGAAGUCCUGUACAAGGACUUCGACUUGCACAACAGGACUUCCCUCCCUCCCUCUGGACACCCUCUAUACCCCCCCCUUUGCACUACCUGUUUGGUUUCCCCACGCUUGCAAUCCCUGCAACUCCCAUUCACAAAUCUCUCAUUUGCACAUGUGCAAUGGCUGUCUCAAAGGUACACGCCUCAGCUUAAGUGAAAAGUGAAUGUGGCUUACAUUUUCAAAUGGAAUGGAAGCUGGAAUGAGGGGGGAAAGCAUUAAACAGCAGUAUUUCUCAAGAAACUACACAAUAGAUAUAGAUUGUGGCUAACAUCAUGUGCAGGGUAAAAGAUAAAGGACCCCUGGAUGGUUAAAUCCAGUCAAAGGCGACUAUGGGGUUGCAGUGCUCAUGUUGCUUCAGGCUGAGGGAGCCGGUGUUUGUCCACAGGCAGCUUUCCGGGUCAUGUGGCCAGCAUGACUAAACUGCUUACCUUCCCGCCACAGCGGUACCUAUUUAUCUACUUGCAUGCUUUCGAACUGCUAGGUUAGCAGAAGCUGGGACAGAGCAACGGAAGCUCACUCCGUCGCAGGGAUUCGAAUUGCCAACCUUCUGAUCAGCAAGGCCAAGAGGCUCAGUGGUUUAUUUAGACCACAGCACCACCCGUGUCCCUAAUGUACAUCACAUGUAAAGGUAAAGGUAAAGGGACCCCUGACCAUUAGGUCCAGUGGUGACCGACUCUGGGGUUGCGGCGCUCAUCUCGCUUUAUUGGCCGAGGGAGCCGGCAUUUGUCUGCAGACAGCUUCCGGGUCAUGUGGCCAGCAUGACUAAGCUGCUUCUGGCGAACCAGAGCAGCACAUGGAAACACCGUUUACCUUCCCACUGGAGCGGUACCUAUUUAUCUACUUGCACUUUCUGCUUUCGAACUGCUAGGUUGGCAGGAGCUGGGACCAAGCAAUGGGAGCUCACCCCGUCGCAGGGAUUCGAACUGCCGACCUUCUGAUCGGCCAGUCCUAGGCUCUGUGGUUUAACCCACAGCGCCACCUGCAUUCUGUAUACAUCACAUGUGUACACCUGCAACACAGCUUCAAAUACCAUAUCACAUGUACACAGCUUCAAAUACCAGCAGUGAGAGUGCAGUGGAGUCAGAGUAAAUGAUAAUGUGUACACAGCCAGAGGGUUGAAAGAAAAGAGCUUUAUUUUGGCUGGUAAAUGAAGCUUUAAUGAUAUCAGAAUGCCACUGAAGAAGAGCUCUGGUUGUUCUGUUUGCCGCUUUGCUCUCCAUCCAAUUCAUGUCCUCACCUUCACCCUCUACUCCCACGCAAUUACCCCAAGAAGACCCAUCAGCUGAUGAAUAAGUUUGUUUUUGACUUUCUUCAGCUAUCAGCUUUGUAGUGGGGCCUCUCGUCCAUGGGUCAGUGUCACAAGGCCAGGAGCAUCCACUAUUGCAUUCCAUCAACGUUUCGGGAGGAGGUGGAGGAGCAGCUGUUUCAGCAGGGCAAUUGGCUAUUUCAGCAAGACACUUGUUUAAAAAUUAAGCUUUUGUUUUGCAUCGGGAGAUGGUAUGUCUUGGGGCUUAACUUACGAAGGUGAACGUGCCCAGACAGAUCACAGAACUAAAGCUGCCUACUGAAGGCGAUGGCUACACCUCUAAUUAGGAUCUGUGUCUAUAAUUUCUUUCCCCAUUCUGUGGUGACUGAUGGGUCAAGUAAGAACUUGUAUGAUAUGCUUUGUGAUUUAUUCUGGCACAUUUCUUUCUGCUAAGCCAGAAAGAAAUGUAUAGAGUUCUACAGGGGCUUGGGAGCUGGCAAGUAAAAAUUCAUGAGUUGGAAAUGACCUCUAGAAUCAUCUAUUCCAGGGAUAACCUGUAUGGGGCCCUCCAGCUGUUGCUGGACUAUAACUCCCAUCAUUUCUGGUUUUGUUUUUCCCCCAAAGAUAUUUAUUAAGAUUUUCAAAAUAUUACAGAAUAAAAAAGAAAAAAGAAAAAUACAAAAUAAAAAUAGUUAAAAACAAUUCAGUUUUUCAGUCACUUAUCUUUCAUUUGCUUAUUUCCCGGACCUCCUCACACCUCCCUUUUCUGUAUUCCAAUUCAGUUUGUUAGUUCAGCAAAUCCCUCCCCUCUUUGUUUAUCCUAAUCAUCAAUCUUAAAGUAUUGUAACAUUAGAUUUUUACCUAUUAAUAGUCCAUUUUUUCAUAUUCCCUUAUAACAUUACACCUAAAAACCACUUAGUUUCUAUCCAACAUCAUUCUAACAUUCAUUAAUUUUACAGUAUUUCUGUAAAUAGUCUUUAAACUUUUUCCAAUCUUCUUCCACCGACUCUUCUCCCUGGUCUCGGAUUCUGCCAGUCAUUUCUGCCAGUUCCAUAUAGUCCAUCAUCUUCAUCUGCCAUUCUUCCAAGGUGGGUAGAUCUUGUGUCUUCCAAUACUUUGCAAUAAGUAUUCUUGCUGCUGUUGUGGCAUACAUAAAGAAAGUCCUAUCCUUCUUUGGCACCAAUUGGCCGACUAUGCCCAACAGGAAGGCCUCUGGUUUCUUUAGAAAGGUAUAUUUAAAUACCUUUUUCAGUUCAUUAUAAAUCAUCUCCCAGAAAGCCUUGAUCUUUGGGCACGUCCACCAAAGGUGAAAGAAUGUACCUUCGUUUUCCUUACAUUUCCAGCAUUUAUUAUCGGGCAAAUGAUAGAUUUUUGCAAGCUUGACUGGUGUCAUGUACCACCUGUAUAUCAUUUUCAUAAUAUUCUCUCUUAGGGCAUUACAUGCCGUAAAUUUCAUACCUGUGGUCCACAACUGUUCCCAGUCAGCAAACAUAAUGUUAUGUCCAACAUCUUGUGCCCAUUUAAUCAUAGCAGAUUUCACCGUUUCAUCCUGAGUAUUCCAUUUCAACAGCAAGUUAUACAGCUUUGACAAAAUCUUAGUUUUGGGUUCUAACAGUUCUGUUUCUAAUUUUGAUUUUUUCCACCUGGAAGCCAAUUUUCUUAUAACUCCCAUCAUUUCUGAUCAUUGCCCAUGUUGGAAGGGGCUGAUGGGAGCUGGAGUCUAACAACAUUGGCUACCCCUGAUCUAGCCCCAAACCAAUUCUGCCAGCCCUUUGAGGGAUUGGAAUAGCUAAGCUCAAAUCUUAAUGUAGUUCUUCUGAAUGUGUGAAGGCUAUCUUUUCUAAAGAAAUGAACAAGUUGUACCACACCCUUCCACAGCCAAAGAAGUGUAUACAGGCAACUCAACUUACGCUGGGGUUACGUUCCGGGGAUAGUGCCUAAGCCAAAAUAAUAUUUAGUCAAAAUACAUAGGGGUCAAUGGCAGGUGGGAUUGCCAAACUCUUUUCCUGGAUGCCCACCCCCUUAACACCCCCUUUUAGUUUGAUCCUUUUUUUUAACUCCAAGUGUGUAAAGCUGAAUGCUCGCAAGUUAAAUGUGUGUAAGUUGCACAUUGGCUUUACUGAGCUAUCCCAUUAUAUUCCCAUCAUUAGACUUAGAGGUAGCCAUUUGCGUAAGUGAGCUUCAUAAUGAAGUGGGGUCCCCCUCCCAUCUCAGCCCCAGCAUUCUGUCCCCUACAUACACAGCCGUGGCUUGGAGUCUGCAUUUUGAGGGCAAUUCCUGAACCUCUAUUUAUCUCAGAAUGUUAAUGCAAGAUCUGGGAAGGCAUUUUCUAGGGAAGUUUCAGAGUGUUAGAAUUGUGAUGCUUAACUCUUCUGUUGUCUGACAGUUCUCCUGUGUGAGGCAUCCCUGACUGUUUGGUCUUCCUCUUCUCUCAUUCCCACCCCAUCAUCUUGCCAAGGUUCUUAGCAUCCAUAGGUACAUUGGAUUGGGAAACGUAUGGUCCCUCCUCCAUAAGCUGUUGAACUACACUUCCUGGUCCCAUCAGCUAGAAUUGUGGGAAAUGAUGGGAGCUGUAGUUCAGCAACAUCUGAAAGGCCACAGAAUCCCCAUCCCUGAUCUGCAUGUAACUUGUGGACUUGCCCUUUUUCAGUCAUACUCCUGCUUCCAUUUUACUGUGUGCCUAGCAUUGUGGUCAUGGAUCUUGGGUGCUAUGUUUCUGUCUACAUCCUUCCCAGCAGAGUUUGUUUUGCUUUGCCAAGACAAAAGCUGAUGCAUACAUCUCAAUUUGAGGGAAGGUGUUUGAUGGCACCUUGAAGAUUAAAUGCCUUAUUGUGACAUGAGCUUCUUUGGGCAAGUGCUAAGUUGAUCAGAAGCAUGGAAUCAUUUGAGAACAUGAUGGUUAUAUGUAAGGCAAGAACCUAUGAUAACUGCAAAGAUCACAUUUGGGUUGCUUAUUCACUCCCAAGAUGCACCUGCCUAUACAUUUUCCCCAGUUCCAAACAUUUUCCCCAGUUCUUGAAGGUGCUUUCAUGGGUUGAAACGCUGCAAUUUGCCUUUUGCAUUUUAAAGGAACAAAUAUUGACAAAAUAUAUCAAAAAAGAAACUUUGUUGCAAGAACAAUUAGAAGUUUUCCCCCUAGAGGGAGACUGGGAAACUGUAACUAAUUCCAGGGAGCUUGCAGCUGUCACAGAUUACAAUCGUGGGAAAAGGCUUGUGACCUUGUAGGACAAUGUAUUCAGAAGCUCUGUUGUGUGCUCUCUGUAAAACAAAUGCUCUACUGGAACAGUUAACUGAGAAGACGGAUUUGAUGACUAAUGCAGUCAGAAUUUUUGAACAGGCAGUGGGAAACUAUAUGGAGCCCACCCAGGAAUUAAAUCAGGAGUGUGCCCUGACAGAACAGAUGAGAGAAGAGGAUGUUGUGGAAUCUUGGGCGCCAGAGAUGGAGGGAGCUGCGGCCCAGCAGGAACAUGAGCUUUCGGAUUUGACAAAUGAACUUGGAAAAAGCCAGAUUAGGAAAGAUAAAGUUUGGACUGGUUUGGAAAUGGGGGGUUGGAUAGACCCCCCUAUGCAGGGAUGUUUGGACUUUCCGAGUCUGGCAAUGGGCCGUGAGAUGUUUGGAGCUGUGGGGGCUCUCAAUUUUGGAGGGAUUCUGAAACAUGUUUUUAAAUACCACAUGGAGUUUAGUCUGGACUAUGGAAAAGGGGCUGAUUUGUUGAAAAGGGUCAAAAACAUUACCAAGCUGGAGUUCCCACGAGUGAAAGGUGAAUAUGAAGAAGAGCUGCGGAAGGGACAUGGAAGAGACUUAAGGGCCUCGGAUAUAAGGUUGCCAGGUUAAUGCGCUAGAUCGAUGGGAUAAAAAGGACUGACAAAACCCGGGACCAGGAGGAAGGGACGCUGGAUGAAGAUUGGAUUGUCUCUAUUUCUUUUUUUUUUUAUCACUAGGAUUGUUUUAUAAAAUUGAUGACUGUUAGAAAAAUGUUGGAAUGAAAUUACUUGGCUCUAGCAAAAAUGUUUAAAGAAUUAGGCAAGAAUAUUAUGGUUAUGAGAAGUGGGUAAAAAUAAGAUUUAAGUUUUAAGUUUUUUUUAUAAGAUAAGAUGAAAAUAGAUUAAGGUAAUGUAAUGACAGAAUAUUAUGAAAUAUGGAAAGGAUUUGCUGUGAUAAUUAUUAACUGGGAUACAAAAAAAAGGGAGGAGGAGGAGGUCAAAGAAAGAAGGUAAUGAAAGUUGAAGAUUUGAGAAUGAUGGUUUUAUUUUUAUCUGUUUGUGGUGUAUUUUUGUUUUUUGAAUUUGUAUUGUUGGAUGUGGCUUGGUUUUUUUUCCUUUUUUCGUUUUUUUCUUUUUCCUUUCUCUGCUUUGUGUUUUUCUGUAAUUUUAAAUUUUUUUUCAAUAAAUAUCAUUAAAAAAAAAUAAUGAAACGCUGCAAUUUGUGUGAAAUGAGCAUCUUCAUUACAUAGUUGACAUGCCAGAGUUUCUUCACCAUAAUCGAUCUAUUCAAUAGACAGCCACCAUAAAGAUAUACAUUGCCAUCAUGUCUUGCUUCUUGAACAGUGGAAAGGGCAAGAAGGGAGGAGUGAGGAGACAAAAAAGAAGACUUUUGUUAUUAUUGCCAUCAGGGCUUGGAAGAAAAAAGCAAGUUAUGUAAUUCUGUUUGGGAGCAAGAGUAGCAUGGCAUGGGGUUUUAGGAUCAUUGCUGAAAUGUCUACAGGGAUGGGCGAGAAGAAUAUGACUCACAAAAGAUUGUUUUGAAAGUAAUGCUUAAUAAAUGUCUUCUGGGGUGAAGAAGACUGCAUUAUGAAUUAUGCAAAAAAUGGCACUGGAACACUUUUUCUAAUCUGAAGUGUGCUCCAAUCUUUUUCUAUCUGCUGCUCCAUUAAUACCUCUACACCAGUGAUGGCCAAACGUGGCCCUCCAUCUGUUUUGGGAUUACAACUCCCAUCAUCCCUAGCUAACAGGACCAGUGCUCAGGGAUGAUGGAAACAGAUGGAGGGCCAAGUUUGGCCAUCACUGCUCUGCACUGUCCACUCAGAUAAGAGAGAUACAUUUGUCCAGUUGUUGCCACAGAUUUGCCACCUGUGACUUUUUUUACUUUAAAGGUAAAGGUAAAGGGACCCCUGAUCAUUAGGUCCAGUCACGGACGACCCUGGGGUUGCAGUGCUCAUCUCACUUUACUGGCCGAGGGAGCUGGCGUACAGCUUCCGGGUCAUGUGGCCAGCAUGACUAAGCCGCUUCUGGUGAAACCAGAGCAGCGCACGGAAACGCCGUUUACCUUCCCGCCGGAGCAGCACCUAUUUAUCUACUUGCACUUUGUGCUUUCAAACUGCUAGGUUGGCAGGAGCAGGGACCGAGCAACGGGAGCUCACUCCGUCGUGGGAAUUCAAACUGCCAACCUUCUGACCGGCAAGCCCUAAGCUCUGUGCUUUAACCUACAGAUGUAAUGAUGGCCUGGGGAUUUUCUAAGGGCUUGUACAGAAAGCCCAGCUGUGUGAGAGAGCCAAUGGGAGUGUCACUAGUUAGCAGUGUGAUUUCCCUAGCUGUAUCAGCUGUUGCACCAAGCUGAAUGAUACCAUGUUCAAAACCACUUGUUUGAAGAGAAUUGAUUUCCCAGUGUUCCUUUCCCAGUGUUCCUGAGAGCAUGCAGAUGCUAAGCCUAUAAAAGAGAAGAGCUCUAUAGCUCAAUGGUAGAGAGCCACUGCCAGUGAGACUAGCCUUCUCCAUUCUGGUGCCUUUCAAACAUUGUUGGACUACAAUCCCCAUCCUCUCUGGCCAUUGGCCUUGCCUGGGUUGAUGUGAGUUGUCCAACAGCACCUGGAAGACAGCAUAUAGAGAAAGAUUGGCCUAGACAAUCCUGAACUAAAUGGACCAAUGCCCUGAAUAUAAGUCAGAUUCCUCUGUUCCUAUGAUACGAGUGCCUUUGUCUUUAGUGCCUAGGACUGUUCGCAUCUGAUCAAGCACAGUUCCCACUAAUCUGCAUUGGUGCAGACACAGCCUCAGUAUUCUAAGCAAUGAGCCCAAGUAGGAUUUGUACAAAUAAAAUGAGGAAAGGGUGACAGCAAGUGACCAGUGGUAUUGGUUGUUCAAUAGCCAGACAGACUGGUUUCUGUAUGCAGAAUGGGAGGUACUAUUUUGGACCCCCUAGCUCUAACAACCUAGCUGAUGUUAUCGGUACCAGAAGCAACGUCUUAAAGAAUCUAAAAUAUUAUUGAGCUAAUCUAGAUGAACUAAAUAAAGUAAAUGGAUUAAUCUGAAUGGACAUCAGUUUGAACAGAGGUCCCAUCAGUCCGCUGAGAAACCAAAUCAGUUUCCUUGGGAAGAAUCUGCAUCACCUAUGAAGAAAUCAGUGCCACCCAUUUCAUGAAAAGUUUGUAAAUGGGAUGUGAAGACAGGGUCAAUCAGUUCAACCUGGCCAGUUCAAGCAGCAUAGAAUACUCCUUGAAUAGAAGGGUAGGAGCCUAACAUGAUUCUCCCAGUGUAUUCACCCACUUUCCUAUGAGUUUAAUUCCUUAUCUCCCAAAUCCCUUUGAAUCAGUUACUUGCAGUGCUUUUUUCCAGGGAGUACUGAAGGGUACGCAGUACCAGCAACUCUUUUUGUUGUUGUUAAAAAGUGUGGCACUUAUUGUGACAACUAUCAUGGUGAGUAAAAGGUAAAGGGACCCCUGACCGUUAGGUCCAGUCGUGGAUGACUCUGGGGUUGCUGCGCUCAUCUCGCUUUACUGGCCAAGGGAGCCGGCGUACAGCUUCUGGCGAACCAGAGCAGCGCACGGAAACACCGUUUACCUUCCUGCCGGAGUGGUACCUAUUUAUCUACUUGCACUUUGACGUGCUUUCGAACUGCUAGGUAGGCAGGAGCAGGGACCGAGCAACGGGAGCUCACCCCGUCGUAGGGAUUCGAACCGCUGACCUUCUGAUCAGCAAGCCCUAGGCUCUGUGGUUUAACCCACAGCGCCACCCAUGACCCUUCAUGGUGAGUACCAGCACCUAUUUUUAAAGGGGGGCAGGAGUUGGUUACCUGAAUGGCUUGGCCUUAGAAUUAGGCCAAUGGCAGUUUGAGGCAAAGUUUGUCUAGCCACUGGGAAGCUAGCAAAGCAUCAGAUGGAAAGAUGAAAUGGGCCUGGUGAGUUUUCUGAACUUGCUCAUAGUGAUUUUAUCAGGAAUUUCCCAUCUACUACACCACUGUUUCAAAAUUAAUCACACAUGCCUUUUUAUUUAAAGUGACAGUAAUGAUAUUCCCCAAAGAAAAGCUGUUUCUUCCCCAGGAUCGUAGAGAAAAGUCACAGAUAAGUGGGCAAUUCAGUCUUUUAUAAAUAUAUCUCUCCAUUGUGAGAGCCUAACAGAGUUAGGAAGUGUUCAAUUUAAAAUAGAGUCUAAGGGCUCCUGUUUCUUAGCUGAGGUCUUAGGGGUUGAGGGAAGCGAUGGUUCUUUUGCAGAAACCUCUUUAUUUUGAAAAGAAUUAUUCAUGCCAUUACGCAAUCCAUGCUGAAUGUUUAAUUUGUCACAGUGUCCCUUUCCCUUUUGUUUGCCAGCUCAAGUAGACUUCUACUGAGUCACUUUUCCUAUUGACGGGAUUUAGACGCAAUAAUGAUCCAUGGGCACAAUUUGAUUGGGAAUUCUCCAUGUGAGCAACGACUAUGGUGGCAAAUCCGAGGUCUUCGAGAAAGCAAAUGUUAGCCAAACUGAAAUUGCUUUCUAUCGCGAAUUCUUGUCCCAGUUCACACAGUUGCCUGGCAUCGUGGCUCCCUCCCUCCCUCUCUCCCCUGACUCUGUGUGCAGAAACCAGCAGCAGCGCUCAAUAAGAAGUGGUCCUUGUUCCCGGCUUCAAUAUGGUUUUGAAAAAUAGGACCUCUGUUAUAGCCAGAAAUUUGACAUAGCGGACAUCUGUGCGUGAGGUGUUUUGGGAAUGAUACCUGCAGUCUUUUCAAUGAUGAGGACUAAAGCUAAUUUGAGGAAGACCUUAUUGCCAUGUUGUAAGCUUCAGACAUGUGUAUAGAAUGUAUCUCUACCUAAGAAACACCUGUAUGUAUGUAUGUAUGUAUGUAAUUUUUGUGGGAAGCAGAGAGGAGGCAGUCCCAGCGGCAGGGCAAGGGAGUCUGGUGGGGGCGGACCGCCCUGGGUGUCACCACUGAGGGUGGUGAUAAAAUGCCGGCUGGCACUCACUGCGGUGCCUGCAGCGUACCCAAGCCACGCGUCUCUCCUGGAAGAGACGAAGUGGCUUUGGUGCACGCAGGCUCCGUGCUGCCCAAAUGGUCCACUUGCUGCCUCCCCCUUGGCUGUAGGGCGGCUGGGUGGGAGGAGGCAGGCAGACUCCUGGGAGGCCCCACAGAGCAUCCUGCCCUGGCUGGCCCCGCCCCCGCAGGUGGCUGGCCCCACCCCUGGGUGCCUCCCCAGGUACCCAAUCAGCUUGCUCCGCCCCUGGGCAGUCCUUCAAGCCAGGUUAUGACCCAGUUGUAAGUUGGUCCUCACCUGUUCAAGACCAACGAUCUAAACCUGUGCUCUUAAAAUACUUCUGAAUUAUGAGCUUGCAUAGCAGUAGACAAGGCUGCCCUUGGGUUUCCUUGCUAUUUCUUCCACAAAAAAGACACACAUAGCCCAUGAACCUUGUAAAGUUUAGAUAUUCAGCAAUCCAAAGAUCAGGUUUCUUUUAUGUCUGAAAGUAUACAAAUAAACCAAGUUAAAAAACAGAAGCUGUCCAGUCUAGGUUUAUGCUUCCUGAAAAUCGGUAAGACCAACUUGGUCAACAUGUCGGCUGAAAUAUGUAUAUAUGGGGUUAAAACUGAGGUGCCCUUCUCAAUUCUCCCACAUUUGCACUCCCACGUUUGCACUUAAAUAUGAUGCUACCUAAUCUACAUGGACACAGCAUUAUCUGGUGACUUCACCCGUUUCCAGUGUAGCUUCUGCAGGUUGGCUACUGCUAAAAAAAUUAAGGACGUAAGAAGAGCCUGCUGGAUCGGGACAAGGACCCAUCUGGCUCAGCAUUCUGUUCUCACAGUGGCCAACCAGAUGCCUGCCAGACACCCAUAAGCAGGACCUGCACACAAGAAUGCUCUCCCCACACACAGAGAGACAACUGUGGUUACCAGCAACUGGUAUUCAGAACCAUUACUGCCUCCAGCUGUGGAGGCAGGGCAGAGCCACCGUUGCUCUUCUUUUAAAGCCACCCAAGAAGGUGGCCAUCACUGCCUCCUGUGGGAGUGAGUUCCACAGUCUAACUAUGUGCUGCGUGAAGGAGUACUUUAUCUCCCAAGAUUCAGCUUUAUUGGGUGACCACAAAUUCUAGUGUUAUGAAAGGAAAAAAAAGCUUCCCUCCAUUCAUUUUCUCCAUGCCAAGCAUAAUUUUAUGAACUGCAACCAUGUCACCUCCUACUCACCUUUUCUCUAAACUAAAAAGCCCCAAAUGCUGCAACUUUUAUUCACUCGCAUUGAUCAUUUUGGUUGCCCUUUUCUGGUCCUUUUUCAACUCUACAGUACUCUUUUUUGAGGUGAGGAAACCAGAAAGGUAGCUAGCUGAUCUGCAGUUUCCUGCAUUCCUUCAACCAAUCCCUUUUCUUCUUGUUGUUGUUAUUUUCUAGCCCUCUGGUAUGGAGGCUGAUUUUAGGAACAAGUAAUAUGACUUUUAGGGACACGGGUGGCGCUGUGGGUUAAACCACAGAGCCUAGGGCUUGCCGAUCAGAAGGUCAGCGGUUCGAAUCCCCGUGACGGCGUGAGCUCCCGUUGCUUGGUCCCUGCUCCUGCCAACCUAGCAGUUCGAAAGCACGUCAAAGUGCAAGUAGAUAAAUAGGUACCGCUCUGGCAGGAAGGUAAACGGCGUUUCCGUGUGCUGCUCUGGUUCGCCAGAAGUGGCUUAGUCAUGCUGGCCACAUGACCCGGAAGCUGUACGCCGGCUCCCUCAGCCAGUAAAGAGAGAUGAGCGCUGCAACCUCAGAGUCGGUCAUGACUGGACCUAAUGGUCAGGGGUCCCUUUACCUUUUAAUAUGACUUUUGUUAUAUCAGCAAUUUCACAUUUAAGUUCUUCAAGCAUUCUUAAGCAGAUGCCGUUUGAACACUACAAUUUGUCAACUUCAGUGUGUAGAUAAGACCUAGAACUUAAUCUUUCCAAUGCCUGUUCUGCUGGGUGCUCUGAACCCCAAACCCAAAAUGCCAAGAAUAUAGGUACAGUGGUACCUCAGGUUACAGACACUUCAGGUUACAGACUCCGCUAACCCAGAAAUAGUACCUCGGGUUAAGAAUUUUGCUUCAGGAAGAGAACAGAAAUUGUGCUCCGGCGGCGUGGCAGCAGCAGGAGGCCCCAUUAGCUAAAGUGGUACCUCAGGUUAAGAACAGUUUCAGGUUAAGAACGGACCUCUGGAACAAAUUAAGUUCUUAACCCGAGGUACCACUGUACUGCUUCUGGUUGAUCCUUGGGGAGCAUUCCCACUUUCAGAAACCUCCUCUGAAAUAAUUUGAUAAGCUAACAGGUAGUCGAAUUUCGCCCCUGCCAGUAGCUUGAGGUUUGACAGCAGUACCCACCGGGCUUAGCACUUUGGGAAAAGAGGUCCCUAAUCUCAAGUACAAGAAAAAAGUAUUUAUAUAAAUGCUAUAGUCAGGAAAUAGAAAAGUCAGCAGAGCAAGGUAUUUAGCCUACAUGCUAUCAGUUCUUUUACUUUAAAAAAGCCUCACAUUCUUGGACAAACUGCAGAGGAAGCAAAUUUCUGAGAACUAUUUGAAAUUGGCUUGCAAGAGAAAAGUAUCCACUAUGAAGUGUAGAGAGUGUACUUAGUUUUGAAUAGUGUCUUUAAACUCUGCUACUCAGUAAUUUUAAUAGUCCAAUUUUACGUAGAACUGCAGUCGCCUAGGCUGAUCGGUUUCCAGUGGGCUUUGAUGUGACUAAUUUAUCAGACGAUUGGGCAGCACGACAUCUACAAAGGACACCCCUUAUUUCUCCCCAAUGUGAUAUGUCCUGUUGAAUUUUAAACCCCUUCUGUUGUCAACCCCUCUUCAGCACAAGCUAUAACCAGCACUGGAACCCCAGCUGCUGAGCAUCACUCAGACUGUGUUGCAACCUCCCUGCCCCCUGCGCAAGGGCUGCUGACGUGCCUCUCCUUGCGUCUUUUGUGUGCUGUCCUCAUCCUGACGCAGCUCUUUCCUUUCUUCUCCUCUUUUAUAAGGGUUCAGGCUGGAGGCGUGACAGACUUUAGGCCUGUCAACCUUGACGGUGUCUGUUGGAAACUGCCCCAGCAGUAGAGUGGAAAACUUCACGGAGUGUUAGAUAUGCCGCCUGGCUUGACGGCCUCCCGGGUAAAUGUGUCUGGACAGGGCGAUAUUUGCCCUUUUCACAAGCGCCUGAUUGGAGGGAGCAGCUCCUUGCAUGCAGAGACUGUCCCCAGGAUCACGUCAUUCUGCCCGUGGCGUCAAGCUGGGCCUCGUCAGCACUCCACUUUCAAUUAGCUUUUUGUUUCGUUAAUGAAAUCACACGCACAUUUAUUCAUGAGGUACGGGAUUAUUUUGCUUUGCAUUCCCUCCCUCCUGGAGCUGCCAAGCCGGUGGGGAUUCCCUAUGUGGGCGCACUGACAAAAUUGUGGAAAAUGUGGAGAUGCUUUUGCUUGGGAGGACGUAUCCUUGGGUGGGGGUGGGGGGAGCUGCAUUGUGUAGGAAGGUAGCAAAAAGCCCAGCCGUCCCACUUUCUUUCCUCCUGUUUGGAUGCAGCACAUGCCUUGCAUUCAGGAAGGUCCUGCGUUCAAAUCCUCAGGUAAAAGGAUCACGUAGCAGAUGAUGCCCAAGACCCUCAAGAGCCAGUGCCUAUCAAGUUAAGAACAUACCAGGCUAGAUGGCAAAACAAGCCGACUUCUUGUGUAUAUUUUGUUCCUUGAGGGUGGGUGUCAGGGAACUGACAUCGGAGCUCGAGGUGGAGGGAAGGCUCUCAAAUGAUGCUGGAGAAGGGCCCAGCAGGGAGAGAGGCAGCUCCGCAGAGGGGGAAGCUAAUCAGCGCAACACCAGGGAAAGAGAGGGGCUGAUGGGGGAAUCGGCGAGAGGGCUCCAAGACUCUUCACCGGACACCAGCGGGGAGAGCACGGGUCCUCCGCUACCCACGCCCACCCUGCGCAGAAGACUUCCGCGCAGAGAGAGUAGGAGGAGACUGGGUGUCAAGCAACUUUUAUGUUGGAAAAGAUUUAAGAAACGCCCACUGACGGAUUCUGCUAGCGACUGAGGCAGCCACGAAUUGAAGGGCUGUCCAGACAGAAAGGUUUAACAAGGCAACAUAGCAGGGAGAGAGGCGGCAACUUACGCACGAGCAACCCCAUACCAUUAUAGUGGGAUAAGACUUGAAGGAUCCAGACUGCCCAGUCUCUGCUGUCAGAGCAGAAGGAAAGGGGAGACUCCUGUUGCACUCACAUCUUACUCCCCUGGGCAUCUGGUUGUCCGCUAUGAGAGCAGUAUCCUGAACUAGAUAGACCCAUCGGGCUCUAAUUACCGGUACGUUCUUAAGUGAUUGAGAGUGGAUAGGCGGGCAAGACUGUUCUUCCAAAAAACAAAACAAAAAACAAAAAAAGCCCGCUGUGAAACAUAUUUGCCUGUCUCCAUAGUUCCAUGUUUAUUUUCCUUUUCUGAAAAGUUAAGGAAUGAUCUUCAGGUCAACGCUUGCUUCCUCUUACAGACUUUUAUGACCCUCUAAUGAAUGAACCAUGCUACCCCUUUUUAUAGCCAAAGGUAGCAGGUGGGAGUAGGCUGCCGGAAGGGCCUCUGCUGUGGUUUAUUCCCCAGCCAGCUUUUAACUACUAAUAUGCUGCUUUAGGGUACCCUAAGCCUCCGACUGUGCAGCUGGCUAUUGUCCUUUUGUUCCCCAUGAAUGGAAAUGUUUCUCCAUCACUGGUGUUUUCUGCGGAAGGAGAAUGUCCAGCAUCAUCUUGGCUGCCCCUGUGUCCAUUGCAAAAAUACAGCAAGACCCCAAUCCCUCUUCCACAGUCUUCUUGCUAUACUCUUAAGAGUGGUGGGGUCUUUUCUCAACACCUCACUUUUUCAGAGAAGGCAAGAGUGCUGCAAACCAAGUGACCAAUGGUCAGCUGCAGUCCAACUUCUGGAUGACCACACAUUCCCCACCCAUCUAUGUUAUGCCUGCUAAGAGCCCCCCGCCACAAAAAUAAGUGGGUAAUGUAAGAAAGAUGAAUAUAUAUAUAUAUAUUUCAUUUUUUUAAAGCCUUUGUUUUCAGAUUUUAAAAAAUGGGGACACUGUGAGUUCUGAAUCUACUCUUUUUUUAAAAAAAUUAUAUUUUAUUAGUUUACAAAUACAAAAAAGAAAACAAAGUUAUACAUUCAAACUUCUUAAUUACCUCUUAAUUCCAUUCUUUUGACUUCCCUCAAUUUGUCUGAACUUCCUUCAUUUUAUAACUUUUAACACAAUCCUACUUAUUGUUAUUUAUUCUGGUAACUUUAAUUCAUUAUUUAUACUUAUUAUUAGAUUUUCACAUCACAGGGCUUCCUUAAAGCUUACAAACGUAAUCUGGUUAUCACUUAGUUUUUGCAAAUAUUGAAUAAACUUCUCCCAAUCUUCUGUAAAUCUUUGAUCUCGUCGAUUCCGAAUCCUUCCUGUCAUUCUGUCCAAUUCCACAUAGUCCAUCAUUUUGGCUCUCCAAUCUUCUAUCGUAGGCAGCUCCUCUUGUUUCCAUUUCUGGGCCAUCAAUAUUCUUGCUGCAGUCACUGCAUAUAAAAAUAACUUCUUCUCUUUCUUGUUUAUCUCAUUCCCUGUAAUACCAAGUAAAAACGCUUCUGGUUUCUUAGUAAGAGUUCUGAAUCUACUCUGAAGCAGUAAUUUUUCAUUUCAAUAUAGCCAAAAACUCAUUUUAGCAACUGAAAAUAUAUUACUGGGUAGCAGAGUUUAAAGACAUAGGUGAUGUUCGUUUUCCUUUGCCUUAUUAUGUACGGUAUAUUGAAUGCCAUUAUGGUUUUUAGAAGCUGAUUUAUCUUAAUAUUUGGCAACUGAAAGUGGCAGUUUGGCUGCAUUAGACUGGUUGUAUUCACCUCUAUCUGAUGUAUUCAGAAAUUUUAUUUCAUUGCAAAUAUAUAUCCACAAAUAUUUUUAGUAAAGCAGGGAUUUUUAUCCUGACUUUUCACGCUGUCCCCUUUUAGUCUUAAGUGGUCAGAAGUUAUUCUACUUUGUUUGAUUCUGGCCACAACAGAGCGGACAGAUGGACAAAUAGAAUGUCUGAUAUCUGGUAUUUUGGGAAGUUAGCAUAUAUGCUUUUCACAGUUCUAGUAAAAUGUGCUGGUAAACAGAGUGCUGAGAUUCUCAUAAGACUUCUGUAACUGUAGGCACAUCAGUUUUGAAAAUUAUUAUUGUACACCAGAGUACAACUCAGUGAUAGGGGGUCAAGAUGUGUGUCUGAGCGAGUGAGAGAGAAAUGUGUUGACAUAAGAGAGCACAACUUUCACCAUGCGCCACUGAGGUCAGAUAAUUUUUCUUCUGGAGUUCUCUGUGAUUGAAGAACCAAGAAAUGAAGAACCAAGAACAACAAAUGUAAGUAUUCAGACGGGAUUAAGAUAUAAACUUUUUAAGGAAAGCAACAUAAACUCUGAAAUGGAUAUUGCAUUCUGAUCCUAGGUACAUUUUACCAAGGAAUAAUUGUGUGGUUUUCAUGAGAAUUUGGGGGGUGGGGAGAGGAGUGCAAUCUCAUGUUUGGUUUCACAACUUGCAAACCCAUAAUACUUAUUAUGGCCUUUCAGGAGCUUACCUUGUCAGUACUCAGUUUUGGACUAUGUCAUUCUUGUUUUCCCUCCUUUACAAAAGUAACUUUUGGCAUAUAAAAUGGAGUUUCAAAGUCCAGUAUUCGUCCACUGAUUAAAAAAAAAUGUCAUUUAGCAAUUGGGAGUUCAGUCCAAAGGCCAGUCUAGUACAUUUAACUGCAGCAACAUCCACACACUGCAACUGGUUACUGUAAUUAAUAUAAAAAGAAGCUAUUGUUAGCAUGAAUGUUCAGGUUAGUGAAUUAUGGUAACUGGAUGGAGCAUGGAUGCUCCUUUUUGUUCUGCUUUAAAAUCCACCUUAAAAUAUUUCAGUGCAUAUAAUAAUAAAUAAUAAAUAUAAAUAAUAAUAAUAAUUUAUUUGUACCCCGCCCAUCUGGCUGGGUCUCCCCAGCCACUCUGGGUGGCUUCCAACAAAUAUUAAAAAUACAUUAAAAUAUCACACAUUAAAAACUUCCCUAAACAGGGCUGCCGUCAUAUGGUGACAUAAUGCAAUAUUUUAUGCUAAUAUUUUGAAUACUUAACUUUUAACUCCCAGCAGCCCCUGCCAGCAUGGCUAGCAAUCUAGGGCAAUGUUGCAAAGGCAAACCAUACAGAGUCUUUGGUUUGCCUGCACCUCCCUCACUUUUCCUGUAGUGCACUGGCCCUCUUGAACUUAGACGCUUGACCCAGCAUUGCAAUUUCCCGAACCUCGAGGAGAUAUUGCAUGAUCACCUGGUCUGUGGCUUACAUGAUGAGGCUCUGUGGAAGUGCCUGUUUGAAAGAAGGCAGCUCACAUUCAAAAAUGCCCUGGAGCACUGGCACCAAGUUCUGCACAACAUUGGGGGGGAGGUUCAUCAAGUGCAUGCAAUGUUACACAUGCAACACACACGUAUUAUGUCAUUCCCAUUGGGAGAGGCCGCUAGGCCCGAUGAGGGCUGCUGCCACUGCACAUUUUUCACACAGCCCCACAGGCACUGGCGGAGGAAGAGGAGUGUAGGGGGAGCGCACCGCCCCCAGGACACGUGCCAGCCCCGUCCCCGCUUGCUCUCUGCCCCCCCCCCAAUGCCAGAGCAUGAAGCUCCGCCACUGCCCACAGGAGCAAUGGUCUUGAGAACUGUUUUAAGGAAGAUGAUUAGGGCAGAGGUUUUCAACCUUUUUGAGCCCACGGCUCCCUUGACAGACCCUCCAAGUGCCCCUAUUUUCCAAGGACAGUCCCAGAUUUACAGAAGCUGUCCUAGUUUGAUUUGAUCCCUGAAUGUCCCGCUUUUCCUUAGGAUGUCCCUGUUUUCAUCGGUUAAAUGUUGGAGGGUAUGGAGUUAUGCAACCCUGGAACCAAGGAGAUAAGUCACUAUGCAACCUUUAGAAGACAUCUGAUGGCAGGCCUGUAUAGGGAAGGUUUUUUUAAAAAAUGUUUAAUCUUUUAUUAUGUUUUUAUAUAUGUUGAAAAGUGCCCAGAGUGGCUGGGGCAACCCAAGCAGAUGGGCAGGGUAUAAAUAAUGAAAUUAUUAUUAUCAUUAUCAUGAUCAUUAUCAUUAUUAUCAUUGACUAGGAUGUCCCUAUUUUCAUCAGAGAAACCAACUACAUGCUUUCUGUGGCACCCUUGUGGGGCUCAGGAGCCCACAUGUCAGCCCUUGCCUGCAGAAGUGCAGCUUCUCACCCAUUUUUGAACACCCUCCCUCUGGGAAUGUUCCCUCAGCCUCCUCUCCUCUCCCCUCUCCUUGGGAGUCCUCUUCCCUGGUCUCUGAGUUGCCCCCCCCCCCCCGCCCCUGAGGCACCAUUCACCUGCAGAGCUUAUAGCCAGGGCUGCUGCAAUAGACAGCUGAGCAAGCCUUUGGGAAGCAGAGAUGCGAGAGUGCAUCAGUGAAGGGAAGGAAGGGAAAAGGGACAGAGGCCAGUGUUGCCCACGGCACUCUUGACCAUCAUUUAAGGCACCCCAGGGGUUCACAGCACACUGGUUGAAAACCACUGGAUUAGAGCAACAGAGCCAGGAUAGAUCCUUAUGGGGAAGAACUUUUUCAGCAAGGUGCCGUUCCACUGUCCCUCAGACCUUGUGGGGGGCUGGACUAUAUUUGGGGGGGGGUGAACAAAUUCCUAUGCCCCACAAAUAACCCAGAGAUGCAUUUUAAAUAAAAGCACCCAUUCUACUCAUGUAAAAACACGCUGAUUCCUGGACCAUCUGUGGGCCGGAUUUAGAAGAUGAUUGGGCCGAGGCUGGUCCCGGGCCUUAGUUUGCCUACCCAUGUAUUAGAAAAUACUUUAUGGGUGUGUAGCUAGAAUUGCUUUGCAAGUUUUUGAACAGAGCAACCUAGUUGGUGACAAAUAAAACCUUGAGUGGCCUGUGGCUCUCAGAGCAAUCAAAAGUGGUUUGGGAAUGCUGGUUUCCAAUUGUAAUGAGGGCAGGUUGCACAGGCUUAUUUAUCACACCACCUUUUUGUCUCUGGCUGGGUUAACGUCCAGGCCACUAGACCAGGCAAGCAGCAGGCCGCCUCGGGUCCCCUCUCUGUGGUCUGGCUCCCUUUCUACGCCAGCCACCUCCUCCAGGGACCUUCACAUGUUGGAUAAAGGGCAGGACCCUUGGAAGCAUAAUUUGAGGGUGUUUUUGUUUUGUUGUUUCUAAUGGAGGGGAGCCUUGGCCCGGAGCCCAGGAAUUGGGUGUGCAGCAGUUCUCAGCAGCGUGACAGCAAUGUGUUUGAAAUUUGAAUAGCGGUAAUGAGGUGCAGCACUCAACCUAAUUGAAUCUUGUAUUGCAAUUUAGGUUAUUGACACAUAGCCUCAGCAAAUGAGGUAAUUGUUGGUGCUGUGGCCAUAUCCUAUAUUCCUUCUAUUUUGAAGAUCGAUGUUUAUUAACUUGUGCCGUUCAUUUUUUAACAUUAUUUUAUAUGUGUGAUCCCCUUGGAGAAGACUGAGCACUUCAUAUGUAAUAUAGCUGAUUCCUAAUGUUGCCUGAAAGCUUGAGGUGUCUCUCUCCAGUUUAGCUUCCUGCUUGACUACCCCUCGCAUACGGACUCCCUGGCUUUAUGUGAAGCCUUCAUUGCAGUGAUGGAGAACCUGUGGCCAUCCGGAUGUUGCUGGACUUUAAUAGCCUUUACUCAUUGGCCAUGCUGGCUGGUGUGACAUCUGGGGGGCCGAGGGUCCUCCAUGCCUGUUUUACUGUGGCUCUUCUCUCUCCUGCAGGUUGCUAGGGAUUUUGCUGUGGCUACAAGAGAGGACGCACUGGAGCAAUUCUGUAAAUACAUUUGAAAGUUGAAGCCAGAAUUGAUUCCACAGUCUAAGGCUAUUGAUGGGAGAAGCAGUUUCAUGGAUGUGUAUAAAAGGGAAGAACAAGGCAGCAUUAAAACAAGUGAAACAGCAUUAUACCUUAUGGUUCAUUUGACCCACUAUUGCCCUCUCCAGCUAGACAGGGGUUCUUCAGGAUUUUGGGCAAGGGACUUUCCUAGCCAUGCUAGUUUAAUUCCGUUUUUUAAAACCCCAAAAUUUGGAUUUUCUUUUGUGCUGUGACUUUCGCAAAAUCUGAAGCUUUGGGUGAGGUGAGCCGGGUGACUUUCGUUCACAGCAUUUGGUUGGAAGACUUUUGUCCUGGGCUCUUCCCCUCUAGGGAGUUAAGAGUCAGUGUUUUGAAAUGUCCCCAGCUUGGAGCAUACACUGCCAGGUUAUUUAGGAUCUGUUUCAGAGCUCAGAUGGGGUAAGCGACUUGCUUUUAAUGCCGGCUCAAGGCAUGCAAACCAUCACAGCUUGUGCUUUUCAUGCCCGCCUUAGGUGGAGUAUUCCACUAGAAAAGGGAAAAUAAACCUGUCCGGGAGAUGGAAAUAAAGUAGCUAUAAACUGAGUACAAUUGAGCCAGACGUAUCUGCUUUUGAAACACUAGCAGAUGUAGUAGUAGCUGUAACAGCUGUAACACAAUACAGCCUUUUUAUUAACUGAGGGUGGUGGAUGGUUCUGAGUGUUUUAGAGCAUGGAUUUAUUUUUAGGAGCUAUGAAAUUUUAUAUAGUAGCUGCAGGUGCUCGUACUUCAGCUUUUGCUUCCAGUGCCUAGAGCAUAGCAGGCAGCUUUAUUCAGCGAUUUUGCUGUUAACCGGCUUGCUCUCACUCAGCUGAUGUGCUUUAUCUUUAGGCAAAGAGGUAAGGGAGAGGUUGUCUUGUGAGGGUCUCAAGGGGAAUUAAAGAGCCUGUAAGUUCUGUUGAGAAGUUUCAUAGGAAUGCACCAUUUCCAAUCCCAAAGAGUUUGUAAAGGCUUUCUAUAUAUUUCAGGUUGAGGUUCAGAUGAUGUGAAAUUAGGCAUAGUUCCUCCUAUUUCCCAACAGUUUUUAAAUGUGUGUUUCACUCUCUGGCUCUUUCCAAAACAUUGCAAGGGAGACCAAUAUAUUGUUUGGUUUAGCUAAAGGUGUGGAAAGCAAAGGAAGCUGGUGGUGUUGGCUGUGAUGUGCCAGUCCUUUUUUAGUGUAUAUGCCUACUCUCUCUUAGAAUCAUAGAAUUGUAGAGUUGGAAGGGACCACAAAUGUCAUCUAGUCCAACCCCUGCAAUGCAGGAAUCUGGGCCUCAAACCCACGACCCUGAGAUUAAGAGGCUCAUGCUCUACCAACUGAGCUAUGUCCUACCUCUUCUUCUUCAUUGUCCUUUGUUGCUGUGGACUACAGCUCCUAUCACUCCUGACCAUUCGCUAAGCUGACUGGGGAUGAUGGGAUUUGUAGUCCAGGGAUGUCUUAAACCCUAAGGCUCCAGAACACUGAUCCAACAGAUUUUAGAUGUUGCAGUCCUACUUCUUUCUACAAACACCUCACUAUUCAGCAAGAAUUUACUGGAGUUAAUUAGUUGGUAUAAGUGGAAAUGCAAACCUAAGUUACAUUCACUGUCCUUCGGGGCAUCUGUGUGUGAUACUCUUUUGUUAGACUAAGAACUAGCAACCCAGGGCUAAACCUAGACAUGCCCAAUACCUUAUAAACAACCUUGUGUUUCAUUCUGACCCAUAACUCAAUGUCAUGUGUUGCAUAUUUCUAAUAUUGUUACUCACCAUCUCAAUCUCUGAGCAGUGCGAGAUUCUAGGCGUCCACUGGAGACUGUGGUGUCUUUAUGAUAUGGGGAUUAUUUAUACAUAUAUACAACCUGUACCUAUGACAGAGGAGCUCACAGCAUUGUGCUUCAAGAGGUUAUUGCUUCUCCCAUGGCCACAGUCUUGGAUUCUGAUGGAAAUUAGCCAUUGCCCUCUGCUCCUGUUAGCUGCCUUUAACUGACUGCAGCUAUUUUGCCUUCAGCCCACACCAUCCCCAGCAGCAAUCCUAAAAACCACUGCUUUAGAACUCUACUUCAAAGGCUUUUGUCUUUCUAACUAAUUCUGAAUUGGGGAGGGGGGCUCCCACUUGCUCUCUGGCACAGAGCCACUCUCUUUGUCCUCCUAAAGACUUAUCUUUAGUGGAUCAUCACCAGGCUGUCUCCUGGCUUGUAUUUCCACAUGCUAAAUCCAGUGUCUGGCACCCAAGAAUUAGAAGGGGAGUCUAGGCACCCCACAAACUGAUAGCAAUAUUAUGCAGUAAGAGAGACAGGGUUGCUGUUUUGAAGUGACAGCCUCAUAUUUACCUGAAUACUUAGUUCCAGCUGGAGGGCAUUGACCACAAGAGGGCUUUGCUUUCUCUUAGUACUCCAGCUGGAUAUGUAAGAAGCCAGGACAAAAGAAGAGGUUUGCAUGCCCACACUGUGGACUUUACAACCUAUUAUAGCUUGCCAUGUUGUGGAACAUGGGGAAUCUAACCAGAGACCCAAAUAACCCUGUGUCAUAAAGGGAAAAAAUGAGAGUAGGCCCACUUGGGAAUUAAGUCUGUGGUCUGAAGGACCCAGGGAAAGAAUGGGGUCUUGAGAAAGACAUGAUGUCCAUUUAUUUUUAGAAGGCCAAAUGAAACAGCAGCGCACAAGCAACACACAAAAUAGCAAGCUUGGGGAAACCCAAUUGCGUGUUUCCUUCUGCUAGCAGCUGCCUGUGCCCUUUAGAGAAGUCCCACUCCCUCAGACUUGGAAAUUAGCAGGUGCAAGGUGGUGGUGGUGGUGGUUAAUUUUAAAAUAAUUUUUAAAAAAAAUUUAAACUGUUUUUUAAAAUUAUGGCUUAUGAAAAAAUUAGGGAUGGUCCUUCUGCCUUCUGGGCAUAAGCACUGGGAUGUCUUGUCUUCUUUAUCCAAGACUGAAUUCUUUGUCCUGUGCACAUACUGGAGGAACCCACAAACAAUUCUGUUUUUUUAGAAAAUAUGAGAAAACUAUUGGGGUGACUUUGUUCUUUGUGAGUAAAUCAUGAAAAGGAAAUGUUAAUGGUUACAGAGCAUUCUUUCCACUCUGUAUCACAUUACUGGUUCCAUUGAUGUUUUGAGUAUGGAAAAUGAAGGAAUGGAAGAAAGGAAAGCUGUGUUAUUAAUAACUUCUUGUUUUGUUUUUAAUGGGCCAAGUGCUUCACAGUCUUGGUCCUGUGCGAAAGGUCCUUAUUAUUCCUGUUUUAUGAAGAUUGAAAGAUUGUGACUUUAAGGCCAGAGUGUGAUGGAAGAAGGAUUUGGACAAAUGUCAUUGGGCUGUACUGGCUUUUAUGAGUAUGAAUUGCAAGGCAUUUUAGUUUUUUGUAGCUGAUGCUUCUCAAAUAGGUAUUUUACUAAUCAAGCAAUUUUCACCCAACUAAAAUUCAAGGCUGCUUUCCUAGGUGUGGAAAUCAAUUGCAGAAAUGAUUUUUCAGAGAGUAGAUGCUGGGGAAUGUUGAGAUAGGAAGCCAAUCGGCAGAGAAAAGGGAAUGGGCCAAUGUUGAAGGAAUAAAGCAGGAGAUGGCAACAAGCUUUAAAGAGUGUGCAAUAAACUUAAGCUAAGGCACUCUGUGGCAUUCAAACAGGUCCAUGCAAAUUCUUGGCAGUAGAACCCCACUGUGACUUUGAAAGCAACAGAGCAGGUGAAAAGGACACCAGGAUGAGGAUACUUCUGGGUGACCUGAUCAUUUAAUAGUCAUCCUUAUUUAUUUGCAGGGAAGUUAAAGGUAAAGGUAAAGGGACCCCUGACCAUUAGGUCCAGUCAUGGCCGACCCUGGGGUUGCGGCGCUCAUCUCGCUUUAUUGGCCGAGGGAGCCGGCGUACAGCUUCCAGGUCAUGUGGCCAGCAUGACUAAGCCGCUUCUGGUGAACCAGAGCAGCGCACGGAAACGCCAUUUACCUUCCCACCAGAGCGGUACCUAUUUAUCUACUUGCACUUUGACAUGCUUUCGAACUGCUAGGUUGGCAGGAUCAGGGACCGAGCAAUGGGAGCUCACCCCAUCGUGGGGAUUAGGACCUCCAACCUCCUGAUCGGCAAGUCCUAGGCUCUGUGGUUUAACCCACAGCGCAACCCACGUUGAGGGAAGUUAAAUGAGCACGCAUACUGAUUUGUUUGUUGGAAGGUUCGAUGGUGUUGGAAACAUCCACAGCAUACCUAUAACUCUUCUAAAGUCAUGACUUCCCUUACUGUAGCACCCAUAAUGGGGAAACUAGCUUAGAGAAUGUGCUGUAGGCUAUGUAGCACAGCAAUGUCCCUCAACAUAUUGCUGCUACUCAUCAGCAUUUGCCACUUGAGGCAGCUGCCUCACUCUGCCUAAUGUUAGGACUGCGUCUGCUGCUAGCUGAUUUUUAAAAUGAUGUUUGGCAUGAGGAUUGAUUUCAUGAUUCUUCCAUGCACCCGAAUCAUGGGUUGCCAUAUAUUCCAAGCUCUAGAUUGAGCCAAAAGGGGGCUAAUUGUGACUCCCUUCUCAAUUUUUCUGAAAUCUAUGGAGCCUCCUCUAUUGUCUCUGAACCCUCACCAGAUGCUGCCCAUAUGUUUCCAAGUCUUUUAUUACCUAAAAUGGAACAUCACAAGAACUUGCUUUCUUAAAAGAAUGACAACUGGCAUUCUGGUGAUUGCAAUUUUUGCUCUAGAGGUCAGAGUUCGUUUUGGAGAGGCCAUUUGGGCAGGUUGAGUAGUGAGACACAGCCCACUUUAUCAGAUGUGGCAAAUGGAUAUUUCCUUUUCCUUUUCUAAUAGUCUGAGAUCUGCAGCUCCUCCUUAAGCUUAAAGUAAGCGAUCUAAGUGGAGUGCCCUGCAAGUGGAUGGAACCAGAUUUGAUUUGGUCUAUAUGGGACAUAGAAGAGUUUGGAUUUGAUAUCCCGCUUUAUCACUACCCGAAGGAGUCUCAAAGUGGCUAACAUUCUCCUUUCCCUUCCUCCCCCACAACAAACACUCUGAGAGGUGAGUGGGGCUGAGAGACUUCAAAGAAGUGUGACUGGCCCAAGGUCACCCAGCAGCUGCAUGUGGAAGAGCGGGGAAUCGAACCCGGUUCCCCAGAUUACGAGACUACUGCUCUUAACCACUACACCACACUGGCUCUCACCACACUGACAUAGAAUCACUGAUUAAAAGUUCCUCAUGAGUGACCUUAAGAAAAGGCAGACAGAGAAAAUGCAAAGUGAAAUGGGGAAAGGAAAAGGGGGAGGGGAGGGUAACGCCCUGGGCAGAACCACUGUCUGGAAAAUAGACAGUGGAAAAGUGUGAUGUGGUUUCAAAGCUAACAAUAUUUAAAUACAUUCUGCUGAAGCCAGUGUGACUGAGGAGGUAAAGUGGACAAAAUCAAAGAUGGACACGCAGACAGAAAUAAAAGGGUGGGGUGAAGCACUUAUUUGAUCUUUUGGUGUAUGUGUGUCUUGAAAAAAAAAGUAUUAUAUGUGGAAUUCCCCCCCCCCCCGGCUUCAAUUUCUUGAGUGGAAAGUCAGACUUCUGGCCAUACUACACUCUGUCCUUCCCAAAACCUACCGUAUUUUUUGCACCAUAACACUCACUUUUUUCCUCCUAAAAAGUAAGGGGAAAUGUCUGUGCGUGUUAUGGAGGGAAUGCCUACGGGUGGCAUGCCUAUGGAUUUUCCUCCUCUAAAAACUACGUGCGUGUUAUGGUCGGGUGCGUGUUAUAGAGCGAAAAAUACGGUAUACUAAAAUAUUCAGUUGUGGGUUCCUGAGGUCAAAUUGUAUCACUGAAGGCAUGGGGACCUCUCUUUUUGUCACAUUUGUGGAAGCACGUAGCUGCUGAUGUGUUUAUGCCAAACGUUGGCCAUCUCCUGUCAGCAGAGGUUAGAUAGGCAACAAACAUACAUAGCCUGUAACUUGGACGUGUCUGUUGGAAGCCCUGCCCCAUUGGCUGCAAAAUUCUCUCUCUCUCUCUCUCUCUCUCUCUCUCUCUCUCUCUCUCUCUCUCUCUCUCAUAUCUCCUGAAUGAGGGAUGGAUGCUAGCUGUGUUUAGUUAGUGGCCACUUCACACAUGGUUGCUAGGAAAUCAUGAGCAGCCACAAAUUCCCUUUGUGUGUGCUUGUGUAUAUACUAUGUACAUAUCCUGGUGAGGGUGGGGUGGGGAGACUCAUGGCUUGGAUCCAAAGGAAUGUGAGCGUGUGACUCCUUACACAAAGACUUUUUCCUGCCCCAUUUUGUUCACUACUGUCCCUUGAAAAGCAGAACACUCCAGGACAAGCAGGAUGGAUGUGGUGUGGUGUGGUGUGAAAUGUAUCUAGAGGGGGUGUUUGUGGAAAUUUGGGUGGGGUGGGAGAGCAAGCGUCUUGGCCCCCACAGCAUUCUGUAAUGUGCAAAGCAGCCCUUAGUGGUGGCCCCUUAGGAGCUGAGUCCUGCUCUUUAAGACAGUUUCCAGAACUAAACUAUGGUUUAGCUGAGGUAUUCCUACUUCCUGCCUGCCAGGGUGAGAACCAAUCUCACUCAAAAGGAUGCGAUGCCCAAAUAGUCUCGAGAAGUGUGUGUUAAUUUUAUUUGUUUAUUUUGUUUAAUGAAAUUUAUGCACCACUUGAUCAAAAAUCUCAAGGCAGUUUGCAAAAAGAUAAAAUCAAGAAAAACUCAUGACCCUACCUUUAUAGCAUACAAAAAUUAAAAUGCUAAAAUGCUAAUAUUAACACUUUGAACUUGGCCCAGUGUCAAAUCUGCAGCCAGUGUAGACCUCUGAGCACAGGUGUUUUAUGCUGACAAGGCCUCGCUCCCAUCACCAAUCAUGCUGCAGUCUUCUGCACUAGCUGAAGCUCCCGGAUCAAGUGCAAGCGAAUCUCCACAUGGAGGGCAUUGCAGUAAUCCAGUCUUGAAGUAACCAUUGCAUUAACUACUGUGAGUAGGCUUUCCCAGUCCAGGAAUGCUCAUAGCUGUUGAACAAGCCACAGUUGGUAAAAGACAUUUCUUGUCACUGAGGCUACCUGAGUCUACAAUGACAGAGCUGAAUUCAGAAGCACCCCCCUCCUGCUCCUGUGGGGAAGUGCAACCCCAUCCAUGGUAGGGACUGACCAAUUUCUUGGACAUGGGAGCUACUCACCAACAGUGCCUCCAUUUUUUUCUCUUGGUUUAUGGGUGAUUUUGCUAUGACAAGAUUUGAGAACAACUGUGAGGCACAGGAAUGUUGUUUGCGUAAAGGUGACCACUAUACUGGACUAAAAGGGACCCGGGUGGCGCUGUGGGUUAAACCACAGAGCCUAGGACUUGCCGAUCAGAAGGUUGGUGGUUCAAAUCCACGUGACGGGGUGAGCUCCCGUUGCUCUCUCCCAGCUCCUGCCAACCUAGAAAGCACAUCAGAGUGCAAGUAGAUAAAUAGGUACCACUCCGACGGGAAGGUAAACAGCGUUUCUGUGCACUGCUCUGGUUCGCCAGAAGCGGCUUAGUCAUGCUGGCCACUUGACCCGGAAGCUGUACGCCAGCUCCCUCGGCCAAUAAAGCGAGAUGAGCGCUGCAACCCCAGAGUCAUCCGCGACUGGACCUAAUGGUCAAGGGUCCCUUUACCUUUAUACUGGACUAAAACAUGUUGGAGGUGUUGGGAUGCAACUGGGCUUAUACUGGAGGCUGAUAUAUCUGCAUGAGAAAGAGCAGAUAGAGAGGGGGGCCUCCAUGCUUCCUAGACUGUUCUCUAACCUUUGCUGACCUUCCUUGAGGGCUAGAACAAUACUCUUAGGGCCGCUAACCUCAUUUUGCUACUUCUUUCUUCUCCAUGCCUUGCCUUAGGGGAGAGAUGUCUGUUUUGGCCCUCUCUCCAUCUAAGAUGCAAGAGCAAGUGUAGCUUUUUGCAUUCUCCUCCUUAGUUACAUAGAACUAGGAUCUUUCCCCAAUCAAGCAUGUAUUUCCUGCCAUAAACAUAGCUUUCUCGCUUUCCUAUACUCAGAGUCCCAUUGUGGUCAUAUCCAGGGCAAAGCAGGUUGCCUCCACAGUGAUUCAGUGCCAAGUUCAACUUCUGCUGGUGCAUUUAAAUAGUCAUCGGAGCAGACAUUGCAAAAGCAGGAGAGAUCCACCCUAAUCUUUCCCUCUCCAAGCGGACUUGAGACUUUUGCUGCCCAAGGAUCCCAGCAGAAGUUCAGAAAAGGUUGGUGCGGGAAUGCUGCCGCAACGCAUCGGAGCUGGGACAUGUAUUCUGGGCUAUAAAUUGAGUGAAUGGGGAGGACAGCAUCACACCAGCUCGAGGAAGGAUGGGAAGAAUGAGUGCAUUGUUCAGGCCCCCAAUAUGUACCUUCAGCAAUGGAAAGCGAGCAAAACGGGCAAGUAGGGCAUGCUGCUAAAAGCUGGAUUUGCUCGUGCUGAAGAGGGAUUGUCAAAGCUGCCGUUUCCAUGUGCUUUUGAAGGGCUUGAAAGCACUUCCUGGGGGGAGGUGACAGCCAAAGGAGGCCACGGGAUGCCCAUUUGGAUCAUCCCUGUGCCAGCAGCCGUCCGGGACAACCAGAGGAACUUGCUAAGCAACCACCCAUUGGAACAUACUGUUCAUUCUCCUGCUUAGCAAUCCCUUUUCUACUCUCACAGUUAUGCUGAAAAGACCGGACAGCAGUGGAAGAUAAUGCAUUGGGGGAGGAGGCAGAGUGGGGUUAAUAUUGCAUCACUUAUCUGGAAGGCUCUUGACCAAUCCUGAGUUCCAGAUCUUCAGCUUUUGCAUAGUUCUUAACGCUUGGGGCUAAGCCCAAAUCCAACCAUGCAAUGAUGGCUGGAUCAUCAGGUGAUUAUCUUUUUUUAAAAAAAAUAUGUACCAGUGUCAUGCAUUAGCAGGGAAGUAUCAUCCCCUGAUGCAAGCUGUUGGAGCAGGUUGAUGCUAUAGAUUUGUGGCCUUCCAUAUCUUGUUGAACUCCACCUGCCGUCAGCCCCAUUCGACAAGAUUUACCCAAGAUGACCCAUUCGGUCAGGAUUUAUGGGAGCUGCAGAGCAGCUCUAUCUAGAGGGCCACAAGUGGUCAAACCCCAUUAUGGAUCUUGGCAGCAGGGCAUGCUGGGAGGGAGAGUUCAUUAAUUUAUUUGAGGCAUUAUUCACCUGCCCUAUUUUGUCAACAUAAGGACUUCGACUUGCGCAAUGAGAGUUUCCACCUCUGCUCCCAGGGGUGCCAGCUUCAGGGGACUGAGCAGUUUUGGACCCCAAAUACUUUUGGGGAGUGCCCCCCCCCCAGUGUCCUCUACCAUCAGGUGGCAGAGGCCAAGCGCAGAGCCAAGCACAUGGCUCCCUCAAUCUUUGGUGCAAGUUGCUGUCUCUGCUUGCUCCAUGGGUUGUGGGUAACCCCUAGAACAAAUUUAGGGGCAGGCAAUGGGAGGAGAGAGGAUGAACAAUCUGUUGGACAAUCAGAAAUCCUUGCGCUGAUGGAACAUCCACUUAGUGCUGCAUUGGAUUCUACUCUUCAGUUUUUUAAUCACUUCCCAAAUCAUAUAAUUUAUAUACAGUGGAACCAUGGUUCUCAAACUUAAUCCAUUCUGGAUGUCCGUUCGACUUCCGAAACGUUUGAAAACCAAGACGCAGCUUCCAGUUGGCUGCAGGAGCUUCCUGCACUCCAGGAGAAGCUGCAUUGGAUGUUCAGCUUCCGAAAAACGUUCGAAAACUGGAACACUUACUUCUGGGGUUUCGGGGUUUGGGAGCUGAUUUGUUCGUCAACUAAGCUGUUCGAGAACCAAGGUUCCACUGUACUGGUUGAUUGUUGUUUUAAACAAAACAAACUCAACGUGAUACAAUAAAAACACAUAUAUACAAGGGACUUCAUGAUCUUGGGCUGGAAGGAAGCUACCUUGGUAAGUACCCAGCAGACUAUUUUAGGCUAGAUGGUGGUAAUAAUUUGAAACUUUGACCCUGGUGGACAGGUGAGCCAUAUGAUACCAUUGGAUUGGACAGCCCAGGCAUUAAAGCGCAACAAAAUUGGACCCUGGUCUUCUAUGAAGACUUGAUCAAAGGAACUAUGCCAGUUGCAUGCCAGACCAAUCUCCAAAUUCCAGCAACAGAUUGCAGGGAUUUGGGGUUGGAGAACACAUACUCCAGGUCUGAUUCCUGGUAUGGCUCCAGCUCAGCCCUGGGAGAACUGUGAAAAUGCAGCUGAAUUUGUCACACUAAUUGUGAAAAACUGGGCAGCACUGCUAGCCAUACUUUCCAACUGUGCCAUAUUUAGGGGUCAUACGGGCCAGAAAGACAGUUGAGGUUCUGCAUAAGAGAUUUGGAGCAGCUGGAUCUUUGCCAAAUCACAGUCAACAGUUGUCCGGAAUUUUUGAUGUUUCCAUGCAUGCUCCUACACCAGCCAGGUGAGGUCAGGCUUUGGCAGCCAAUCUGUACUGAGCCUCAUCAUAGAAACACAUAGAAACCGCCUGUAAAAAGUCUGGUCUGGAGUUGGCGACAUCCAAACAGCUACUGGUCCAAAUUCAGCUGACUUCUGUUGAAAUCAAAACUAGAUGUCAUAGGUUGCUGGUUAAGGCAGAAUGGACUAGGCCAAAUGUUCACUGGCUCUGAUCUUUCUGGGUCAGAAAUAGCAGCUUCAGUGAAAUAGAACUAACUCAUGACAUAGCCAAUCAGAUUUGUCUGUAGGGCAAAAAAAAAAAAAUGUUCACAUUUUGACACAUUGAAGAAACAGUUGAAAUUUUUGCUUGGAAGUGUUGAUGAAGGUACCAGAACAAGAGACCUUUUUCCACGCUGCCUCACCCCCAAUCAUUAAAAUCAUGAAUAUUUUCAGCUCAGCCAUGACUUGAAUGAUGACCUGUCCUCCCCUUCCUAGCCUUUCAUUAAGGUCUUGUAGGGGAGCUUUACAUUUGUUAUACAAUCUUGUAUAUUUGAUUUCAGUUACAUGAUGAGAUAGUGAAUUUGUUUAUAAACAAUACAAAGCCUGCUUUGUUAUGUUGCUCUUUUUUUGUAUUCUUGGCGUGGUUUCUCAUCUAGUUGCUUUCUCCCUUUUUUGGUUCUCUUUACUUAUUUUCCAAAAUGGGCCUCUUUUUUAUUAUUAUUUAAUUAGAGUCCUUAGGGGUAAUUAUUUGACCCUCAAACCCCACCCCCACCCCCGUCCCCUUGAGCCACUUGGCCAUGUUCAGCUCAGAUUCUGCUUUGGAACCUCUUGAAAGCCUGAGGGUGACAGGUCAGGAAUAAACUUGGCCCACAGUAUCUGAGCAGGGGGGGGGGGAGUGGAUAAUCAAAGGAUAGGGUGUUGCUAAAAGACCAAGAUGCUUAGCUUAUCCAUUAAAAAAAAAAUUCUUUCUCCUUACAGUAUAAAUGGGACAUGAUGUUCUGAAUGCUUAGCCAAAUUGUCUCCUGCGGUUCAGACAUGUGCGACUUCUGAUUUGAAAUAAAUGCAUUAUUAAAUACUUUUGACAAUUUGUGUAACCAAGCAUUUAAAGGCUGGAACAGGGUGGGGGAAGUGUUUCCUCAAAACAGAAGCUCCGCCUUGCCUUGGCUGCUCUGCAGGAGGAGUUUUUUGGAAUCUCACACAGCUGGGAUGCCACCUCCACAUAGCUGUGACUGGAGUUCAUAUCCCAUGCUGAGAGCCAGAGUGGUGUAGUAGAUAAGAAUGGUAGACUCGUAAUCUGGUGAACCGGGUUCGCUUCCCUGCUCCUCCACAUGCAGCUGCUGGGUGACCUUGGGCCAGUCACACUUCUCUGAAGUCUCUCAGCCCCACUCACCUCACAGAGAGUUUGUUGUGGAGGAGAAAGGGAAAGGAGAUUGUUAGCCGCUUUGAGACUCCUUAAGGGGAGUGAAAGGCGGGAUUACAAAUCCAAACUCUUCUUCUUCUUCUCACUGUGGGCCUGUGGGGAUUUCCCCCAUUUGUUCCAUUGUGGGGAUCUCUGGGCAGAGCAUUUGGGUUCUGCGGCUAACAUAACUAAUACACCAGUGCUAAUUUUUCUAGAAAAAGAGGUGCCGGAACUCACCAUGAACAGCUCCCUUGUUCUCUUAUAAUGGCAUUGGCGCCCACCUGAGAGGUGCUGGAACUGGGUUUCGGCUGGAAAGAAGCCUUGCUGAUGCCCCUUUUCUUUCUUCUCCCACCCUCCAUUUCUUUUUUUGUCUGUGUAGAUGAGGAACAUACUGAAGUAUCUAUUGCAGAGAAUGUGGUGGAUGCCGCCUCCAGUGUGGUGAGUGGCAGUGGACGGAUAAAGCCCCCUAAAAAUGGCAAGGAGUUCGCCGUCAUCCGUGAGAAGGUGAAUGAGCAGCAAAAACAGCUGGGCAAGCCUACCAAGCACCACCUCCACUCGCCAUCAGUCAGGGUGAGUGAGGUAAACAACGGGUGCGGGAGAUGGUCUUCAAGUCCCUGGAAAGGGUGCAACAUGUUGUUAUUCUUUGGGGUGGGGACUAUAUGUAGUUAGAAGAUGAUCACAUGAUGAGCUUUUUUUCUAGCUGUCAGAGGCACCCCUGCCCCUAGUCUCCAUUAGUAGCUGGAGGAGACUUGCAGAGAGUGAAGAACGUGCUGUGAGUAGAGGAGUGGGAGCUUCUCCCAUCGUUUGGACCCCCCUAGGAAACUCAACAAACCUGCUGGAACUGGGUGGGGGGAGUGCAGCUGAAUGGGACACAGCUGUUGGGCUACCUGAGAAAGUACCAGCCACUUUGAGCCUGUCCAUAAAAAGGGAGUCUAGAGUGAGAAACUAGGGUGGUGUCCGCUGUUUCCAGGAACUCUUCUCAUUGUGAGACUUUUGUGGGUGAGCUGAGAGUUUCUUUGAACCCUGAGUGGGUACCCAGAGGUUGAGAGGUUGAGCCACAGAGUUUCUGGUUGUCAAAUGAAUAACGUUCAUAGUGUGAGACUGAAUUCUACUCACCUCUCCCGUCAUAAACAGUACUGAAGGUUACAUCGGGGCCAGGCCAUGGGAAGAGAUGAGACAGCACAGUGAGGAGGAAAAUAGAGCCAAACAAACAGAACACGAGAUACCUCUUCAUGAGAUUGAUGGAUUUUGGCAGGGCCCAGGAGGAGGACUUUGCCACACAGUUGUCAUUCAGGAUUACAGCUGGCAUCAUCAAGCAGAGUGCAGGGAUAAUUCCUAUCAAUAGCUUUUCUAAUUUAGCUUUGGAUCCUCUUCCCCCACUUGUCGGGUGGAACUGAUGCCACAUAAGCUUUUGGUCUUAUAGCCACAACUCUUGGAGGCUCCCAGAGCAGCAUUGCUUUGAUGCCUCCAGAGCAGUCUUGGUGCUGUUGCUGCUGCUGCUACUGCUUUUCCCGGGGGUUUCCAUUCUCCUGCUCUGUGCUUUUAAUUGCCACACUCACGCUGGUCUAGUUGGCUUCACUGUUCCCUGACGGGCUGGGUUCCAGGCAGAGUCCGAGCGGCUGAAAGGUACUCAGGAUGCUUUCUUGGACAGAAACUGGUGGACCGGAGUGUUAAAAUUGGUUUUCAGAGUCUCUUCAAAGCAAUUGCGGGCUGCCUUUAGGGACCUGGCAUGCUGUCAGCUUGUUGGUGGCCUUUGCAAUCAUGAAAAUCAAAAGAGGAGGACAGAGUACUGGUGGCCCAAUCAGAUAAGACACAUAGCUCUGAUUAUAACUUAUGGAAUACUGUAGAGACGAUAAACUAAAUAAAACCACCCACCCAGAACAGGGAAAAGAACCGUGGCAAUUGAUCUGUGAAAGAUUCCUUGCCCAGCUAUUUGCCCAGAACAAGAUCUACCACUGAUAUGAAGAUGGCUGGAGUAUUAAGGAGUAAGCCCCACUGGACAUGUCUGAGUAAGCAUGCUUAGGAUUGUUCUGAAAGUUUGCAUUCUUUAUAUAGGCUGUAAAAUUUUAAACCUUGAACAGCAAUGGAUCCCAACCAUCAUACUAUGUGUUUCCUGGUCUGGGGUCUAUUGGCGGGAUUAUGGAGUGUCUCAGUAGGAUGAUUUCAUUAUGUAUGCCAGGUAGUGUUAAACAUUGCAGCUGGGGCAGCAACUUUCUGUGCAUGGUUGAUACCUUAAGAGAGCCAUGGUAGCUGAAGAGGAUCCCAUAUACAGUACAUGACCAAAUGCCACUGGGAAUUAGAAGGUAGCAUCGGAGUGGUGGGAGAGCUUAGUCUCUCACAGUACAUGCAUAUUAGCUUGCAGAGCAGUGAAUCAAGACGUAUACAAAAUGGUAAUGUUUGCCCUCCAUGAUAACUGGAGGAACUGAUUUUGUGCACACUCCCGGACUGGAUAUUACAACCUGAGGCAAUAUAAAAUGUCACAUUGCCACCAGCAGCAUAGCCAGGGAUAUGUGUAUAUAUAAACUGUGUGCUAAAAAUAUCCCAAUUUUUGGGCCACACUAUAGCCUAACAUCCAAGCCAAGAGGAGCUGAAUUCUGCUGUCUGUACAUCACUAUGCAGAGCAGGAACAUGAUAUGUGGAUUUUCUUUUUCUGCAGCAUUUCUUCAGAGGCUACCAUUAGCCAUGGGGUAAAGAGUAACACACAGUGCCAUAACUUUGCUUCCUAACUAUUGGAAACUCUUUACAGCACCCUCUGCCUCUUUUGAUUUCAUCAGUUGUUUUCCCAUUCAGUUCCUAUUUUUCCACAGCCCAAAGAGUCAGGAACAUGUUACCGUUGUUGUUAAGAAAAUAAAAGUUGAGAGAUCUCAGAGAGCUGAACUCUGUGGCAAAUAGCAAGACUGUAUAGUAUGAUCACAAGGAUAGCUCAGUUGGUUCGAGCGUGGUGCUGAUAAUACCAAGGUUGCAGGUUCGAGCCUCAUAAGGGACAGCUGCAUAUUCCUGCAUUGCAGAGGGUUGGACUAGAUGCUCCUUGGGGUCCCUUCCAACUCUUCUGAUUCUAAGAAUCCCAUAACACACCAGUGCCCUUCUUAAAACUGUACAGGAGCCUAGUUGGGGGGUGCUUUGCCAUGGGUUGUCCCUAUGUGCCCCCUAGCAUUUAAAAGGCUGCAAUCACAUAUGAUCAACCUUGGAAAGACCCAUGUGAUCAAGCGUCUCCAUGCGGGGAGGGCUGAUAAGGACUGCCUGAGCCCUUCUAUCCCAGCCCAAUCAUCCAGAGGAUCCCUGUUAGUUGUCCCCCUGUGUUACAGAGCCCUGACCAACCUCAGCUAAAGUUGGGCAUUUACUGUGAUGAGUCCCACAAGAUAAAGCAGAGAUUCCACAGGCAUCCUUGGACAUCUCUUGAAAACUUCUUAAUGCAGAUAGUCGGUUGCAGCUGUAUAAUUUUUAUCUUUGAUUAGCCAGCUGCCUUAAAGACGAUCUGUAUUUUUGUGUUUUUUUAAAUUGGUGUUUUAUAUGUUAGCAUUGCACUCUUCUCUGACAUUCUAAGGUAUAGCGGUCUAGAAAUAAAUCCAUCAUAGGAGCGUCAUAAGAGGUUCUCUGCUAUGGAGAACAACCCUCUAAUGUCUGAAGGGCACCAUAUUCCCAUCAUAGCACUGUGGUUCUUAUAAGUGUUUCCAUUCUUCCCAGUGUAUACAGGCAGUUGGUGGGUUAAUGCCAUCAGUGGCAUAUUCCCUAUAGUGGUGCUAAACUCAAAAUUUAGCCAGUUAAUAUGAAGCUGUAGGUUCUCUUUCUACCUCUCCAGUCACUCUUCAGAAUAGUGUUCAAAUCACAAGAGGGAUGAUCAGCCUGGCCCCAUUACUAUUUUAGGAGGUUUUAAGGAGACAAUGAUUUGCUCAAAAUUGGUGGAACAUGAAGAUUGGGGUUUGUGGGUUUCAUUGUUUUAUAACCCACAAUCUUUUUAUUCCCAUAGUUUGAGGAGCUACUCAUUGGUGCUUUUUAAUAAGUGUAGUGGAUGUAGAUUUCUAUCCAGUGUUUGAACUUUGUUUUGAGGCUAUAAAUCAAAGUUCCCCCUGAGAAGAGGUUGAAUUUGAUCAACUUAAGUUUGCAAUUUUACUGGCACAGGGAGAAUCUCCAUGGAAAUUGGGCAUGUAACUACCCUUCUAUGAUUCUUCUAAGAAAGAAAUGGUAGAAAACUGUCUUAAAGCACAAAUAUUUGCAAAGCGCUCUCAAUAGUUCUUCUUCCCAGCCCUGUCUAAAAAGAAGUAUAUUCAGAAGACCAAAAAAUCAUCCUUGUUACAUUAUCCCUUGUAUUGUUUUUGUUUUCAUAUCCAUUAAUCAAAGAUGAUUCAAGCCAGUUAUUUCAAAUCGUUUGACACUGAGUGACAUGAACUGCAUAUAUACCAAGUAUGUUGUGUCUUUGGGCAAAUCACCAUUGGGUCAUAACACUUUGAUCCUUUCUGGCAAAUGUUUAACAGCCUUGAGACGGUGUGACUACAGGCGAAGGGAGGUGGGCUAGAAUACUUUUUCUGAUGCUUUGGGAUGAAAGGGAGUCAGGUGUGGGUUUGGGGGUGGAACCUGCAUAGCUACCCUAAGCAAAAACUUAAAUCCCACAUGUGUCAGAAGGUGAAAGCCAUUGUUGUCUCCAUUGUGCCAGCUGGGCCCUGCCUGAUUUCCUCAUUUGUUUUUCUUCCGCUUUCUUGACCAUUUGCAGACCCCCUGCCAACAGGAAUUGGAUCAAGUCUUGGAACGCAUCUCAACCAUGCGCCUGCCAGAUGAACGCGGUCCUUUGGAGCACCUCUAUUCCCUAAAUAUUCCAAACUGCGACAAGCAAGGCCUUUACAAUCUCAAACAGGCAAGUGCAGAGGGUGAUUGGGGGCAGGGUCCUUCAGGCAACUGUCAUUUGAGGGAUCACCAGUGCUGAUCAAAGUAUGCAGGGUGGUUCAGCCGGUUCUGGUUUUUGCAGGUCAGCAUGUCUAAACAGAGAUCAGCAUGGGCAGCACAGGACUCUUGGCAUGUUUGAAUACCAUAUGAAUAUCCUUUCGGAAUUGGGCCAAAUGGCCAUCUGGUUCUGUCUAGCAAGAUGCUCUCUAGCAGCCAACACAGUGCUCUUCAGAACCUACAAUUCCCAUAAUACAUGGCCAUUGGCCAUGUUGGCUGAGGCUGAUGGGGUUAGGAGUCCCAACAACAUUUGGAGGGCACCACAUUGGCUCCUGCCGCUCUUAAAGCUCAUGGGGAAAUUGUAAUGGUGCGAGAGAAAGCCCCACUUUUCCUGUUGUUUGUUUGCCAAGUGGCAGAAAUUGCCUGCUUUCCUGCAUCCAGUCUUACAGGUCCCAAGGAUGUACUGUAUCUGGAAUACAGAAUGGUAGUAUGAAUCCUAAAUCUGGUAGAUACAUCUACCAGUCUUCCUUUCAGCUUAUGUGCCACUCAACAACAAGCAUAUUUCACUUGCAAACCUUGUUCUGAAACUCAGUGUCCACUCAUGAGCAGGAAUGAAAUAAGAGUUCAGUUGACAUCUUGGUUGAAGUUUAUCAGGGGAUGGGAGGUCAGGACGCCGAGCAGGCCUAGGAAGCUUUGUGGCAAUGAUUCUAUGUAAUCACUUGGGCAUGGGACUGUGACAACAAUGGCGACCUUCUGAAGGUAAUGGGGCUCUCCUGGUCAGCAGGCAAGAGCUGCACUUCUAGGUUAGCAGCUGACCUUGUACCACAUCCCAUAUUCAAUCCAGAACCUCAACUUUGGGUUGGAGAUAAAGCACACCAAAAAUAUGCCUGCCAGUUCUUUGACAGCAAAUGCGCCUAACGGCAUUUGAGGGAACUUCAGCUCACAAAGUUUUGAGUUUGCAGGCAAUGCUGUGUGGAUCAAACUCUAAGGGAGAAAAGGGCUUUCUGGACCUUGCAUCCUGCUGACCCAAGCAAUAAGGCAUAAGAGCAGCAGCAGCUCUCAGGGAUAUGGAGCCAGGAGUAUACUUCUGGUCAGUGAUGGAGGAAGCCACUCGGGCACCUGGGGCGGCACGCCCAGGAGCGGGGCAAGCCAUCCAUAGGGGCAGGGUGAGGGCAGGGCCUCUGGAGUCUGCCUGCCUCUUUCCACUCAGCUGCCCUAAAGCUGGGGGGGAGGCAGCAAGUGAACCAUUUGGGCAGCAUGGAGCCUGCACGUGCUCUCUCCUGCUCAAGCCCAGGAGAGAUGCGCGGCUCAGGCAUGCUGCAGGCCCCACGGUGAGUGCCACCUGGCAUUUUGUCACACCCCCCCCCAGUGGUGACACCAGGGGCGGCCUGCAUCCACCGCACCCCCCUUCCUCUGCCCAUCUGGGGUCUCUUAGCGGGAGCACUUGUUAUUCUCUAAAAGUUGACUUGGCAGAUGUAUCUCUCUGCUUUUUCCCUUUCUAAGGCUAGCAAGCAUUUUUUUUUUUUAUUAGUCCUGCUGGACAAGCUGGGUGUGGACCUAUAUGUAGGGUGUGGUUGCUUUGAUGCAACUUUCCCCAUUUGGGGGAGAUGAAAGCGGCAACCUUGAUUCCCCCAAGGUUCUAAUUACCUUGCAAGGCCCACACCCCACAGCUGUGGCUAAUCCCCCAUAAAUGAAUUAGUUCCCUAAAGGGAUUUAGCUGUGCUGAGUGAAGCUUGCUCUUCACACUGCCUUGUCUUGCACCAACAUUUUCCAUCGACUCAGGAAGCAGGCAGGUACAUACAUAGUUCGGACCUGUACAGCCCUUGCCCGUCAUGUUCAUCCCUGCCACAAAGAGAAAAAGAAAAACAGUAUUGCCUGAAGUUUGGUUGCUCACACUGGUAUUACAGAGACAUGUAUUUAUAGAUGCCUUGUUCAUUUGCUUUCUAUUAGCGCUAUGUUUACUGGUUCAAGAGCUAGGAUAGUCAAAUCCUUCUUAGCAAUGAAUCUGCUAAGGACCUUCAGGACAAGUCCCAGUCUCUGAGUCUCAGUUUCCUUAUGCAUUAAAUCGAAAUGUCAGAGGCCUGCAAGUUGUCCUAGCCAAUGAGUAUAAGAAUUGCUCAUCGUUUUUUGCAUUCUGUACGCUGAGAUCUUUCUGUGGCCUCAACCUUGUUAUGUAUGCAUUAACUCCACUGCUAAACACUUUACUGCUGAAUUUCUCUUUUGAAAUGUCAAGUACUAAUGACAUAACUCCCCACUCUUGUCACAUUUUUGCAGUUGAUGCAUGGUAGCAUGUGAAAAGAGUGAUCUUUGCUAAAAUAUACUGUUAGCAGAGUUUUUCCUUUUCAGACCACUCUUUCCCACUCCUUUCCAUGAAGCUUCCCCUCCCUCUUUCCUUUGCCACACAUGUCCUCUCCUGUUUCCCACCAGGAAACUGGUAUCACUGCUGCUUUUUAGGAAAGCCAAUUUAAACCUUACAUGUGGUCAGGGCUGUAGCUAGGGGGUGGCAAGGUGGGCACCUGGCAGGGGUGCAGAUGAUUGGGGGGGCGCAAAAUCGGCUUAGAAAUAUGUCCAUUAAUAUAAAUAUUGAUUAUUGCCUCAUAAGAAAUGGUUUUAAAUAGAGGGUGAAUUGAAUGGAGGAGGGGGUUGGAGGAGAGGCAGAAAGAAAAGCUAAUUUGUCCAUAGCUAGAGGGUACAAUCUGGACGAUUCUGCCAGGGGCGCAAGAUCACCUAGCUACGGCUCUGCUUAUGGUGAAAUCUAUGAACACUCCAGGAUCCCUGACGCUUAUGAAUCCUAGCCACAAGUUAAAUCCACUGUAGAAGUAAUGUGUGGGUGGGUGCAGAAGAAGCGUAUCUCUUGCACACCUGUUCCUAUAUACCAUUUGCACCAGAUAUGAGAAAGCCCCUACUAGAACAUUUGGAUCUUCUCAGACUUUCCCUAAAUAUGAUGUUGGUCCCUUUAAAAAACCACAAGAGGUGGCUGUAUAUUUUGAUGGGAUGUAUUGAUGGGGUGUUACAGUGAAACUUCAAUGUUCUCACUGCACGACAGUUGCAGGCAGGGAUUUCCCUUGCAUUCUUGCAGCACCUCCAGCCCACUGGUGCUGCUCUUAGAGGUGAAUGGUGUAAACUGCUUCUUCCCUUCCCUGUCUGUAAAGGAAGAAAGCAUUGUGUGACGUGGGCCGUUUCGCUUUUUGUUUAGACAGCAGGCUGCUCUGAAACACUUGGUGUAGCUUCCACUACCCGGCAGCUAUAAUGUCUGCAUAACAAAAGUCAAGAGCUUUGUUUUCCAUGUGCUCCAAUUCAUGUAGUCUGCCUAAGUCAAUGGUGUUCUCUUCUUCUCUCUCUUCCCCACCCCUUCUCCACCUUUAGUGCAAGAUGUCGGUGAAUGGCCAGCGCGGAGAAUGCUGGUGCGUUAACCCUAACACUGGGAAAAUCAUCCAGGGGUCGCCCACUGUCCGUGGAGAUCCUGAGUGCCACCUCUUCUACCCUGUGCAUGAGCAAGAGGACCGGGGAGCGCAUGCUUUGCAUGUGCAAUAGAUGGACGUGUUCUCUCUCUCUCUCACUCGCUGGCAGGCAGGCAGCUUGGCCUCUUGCCUCAGCGCUGGAUUUUACAUGGGUUUCGAUGCAUCUUAUUUUUAUCUCUCUCUCUCUUUUCUUGUAUUCCAGAAGGUCCCGACAUUUUGUGGGCUUCGUGUGCCUCCCAGUUGCUUGCCUUUAAAUCCUUGGGGAAGAAUUGCAAAGGGGCUUGGUGGCAGGGGUGGGGACGGGGACUGGUUUCUAAACCUUUAAAAAAAUCUUUUGCCUAAGAGGUUUCACAAUUAUUAGACCACUUGUAGCCUUGCAGCAAACAAGCAGGAGAAACAAGGGAGCUGACCUUCCCUCUUGGCUGUUGAAUUGCUUACCCAGGCCUCUCCAAAGAACCCGGGUGAUCAUGCUGGAUGGGAGAAUAAUUGUCCCAGCCCCCACCCGCCAUACACACACACCAAAGACCAAAGAUUGUAAAUACUGCAUGUUGCCUGCUACACACAGCCCUGACAACCUGUUCCCCUGUUAUUGUGUGGGUUGUAGCAUAUAUUGAGCAGGUAAAGAGAAUCCUUGUCCAGCACAUACUCAGUUGGAAUUGCUACACAGAAAGCAUAUAGAGUGGGAGGGAGCUACUUCCGGACACUAAUUUCUUCCACAAGGCAUUGCACUUGACAUAGAAGUUCAACCCCUUCUCUUUCCCUGCCCUGGGAGCCUUAUUCUUUAAGAAUUUUGCACUUCUGGGCAACUUUCUGUUAGGUAGGACCUUGUAUUGCAUUCAGUCUUGAUGCAUCCUAAGAAACACUAAUACACAGAAAAUGUCAAUGCUAGGCAGUCAACUCCUUCAGAUCAGAGUUAAACUCAAAAGCAGGGAAGAGAGGGGUCAGGGAUUGGGGGAAGAAGCUUAGAAUCCAGUUGUUGUUAUUUCCCCCCCUAAGAAGCAAAAACCCAUUUAAAACCCACAUUUUAAGCUGCUGCCAAUGUCCCUCCUUCCUUUUGCGUGGGACCCAGGUGAGCAAUGCAAUAUGUAAACAACACUUUAUACAGUGUGCGGUAAUCCCCCGAAAUGCAGACUGAGAAGAUGAUGGACACACAUGCAUAUAUACACAUGUACAGAAUAAUAAUUAAUAUCUGGGAGCUGGGGUGAUGUGGUGUUGAAUAUGCCGUUCCCAAGAAUAGAUUGAGCUUCUCUGAUAUUAUUUCAGACACUCUUGAUUUGGCUUUUGUGUGGAUCAUGCAAAUGCUGAAAACUGAUUUAGCAACUGCAUGAACAAUUAGAUUUUCUUUUAUUAUAUAUACCAAUUUAUAUUUACAGGACAACUGCUAGGUUCAUGUACUUAGUAUAAUCAUUGGAGGUUGGGUGCUUUUGUUUUUUGAAAUACAGUAUUUUGAGGGGGGAAACCCAAGCAAUAUAGUUUCCACCCCUUUUCUGCAAACGUCAUGAGUGUGCAGCAGGUGCUUUACUUUACCACCACGUUUUCACAAGUGGAGCAAUUUCCUUGUCCUAGCCGCCAUCUUGGAAGAGAAGUGUCUUGAACCAUUAUGCAACGGUUAGUAAUUGGAGGUGAUUUCAACUACUCUUAUUAUUCCCUCUCACCUCCAUUGUGAAAAUGAGGUGGUAAAUGAACAGUGUGAAAAUGCCACCACACACCACCCUAAAAUAAAUGACUCAUAGAGAUUGACUUUCUUAGUUGGGUUUUCCCGCCCCCGCCCCCCAAGGCAGAGAUUAGAUGGAAGAAAUGAGGUGAAAUUUAAAUGUUUAAUGCAAAACAGUGCGAGCAGUCAUUGAGUAGUUUGCUGGGUUAUGCAGGAUAGAGAAAACAAAGGUGUUGCAAAAUGCUAGGUAAGUGUUUGUGGAAUGAGGGUGCCUGCUCUGUGAGGAAGUACAGAACAAGGGCAACAAUGCAAGUGGUUAUGAUGGAAAUGGAUCUCAAGUACACUGGAGACUUUUUAGGAGUAGACAUUGUUCAAUGACCAUCCCAUUAGACCAUCUGGAUAAAAAAUAUGGCACAUUCUAGCCUGCUGUAAUGAUGGAUGGAUGAAAUGAAGAGUCUUAAUGUGGUGAUGAGAUUACCUUUUUAAAUACCAGGCAAUUUUGCCUGACAUUUCCCCAACCCAUAGGCUCAUAAAACAGAAAGUGGUAUUGUUUUUGGGAUUCCCCACACAGCAAGAAGGAAAAAAAAGAAUCUCAUUACUGCUUCCCAUUUUCAAUCUAUUUAGCACCCACGAACAUUAGUAUUAGUGCCUUGAUGGGGAACAUCAGCUGCCUCUCAAACUUACCUUUAGCUACCUUUAGGUUCUUUUUAAGUACAAACCUAGAACUGUGGUGCAUUCAGCAUCAGUGAGGACAUCAAAGCACCUCCCAAGUUCUGGGGGCAUAAAUGUAUGUUUCUGUUUUUGUUGGGUUUUCCCCCUCUGAGAGGCAUCCAGAUUCCGUACACCUAGGAAUUGUAAGGGGGCAGAUGGUGCUCUUUGUGGUUGAUACACAUUGAAGAGGAAUUUGAACAUCACAAGCAUCAGCUCACAACUGAAAUUUGUACUCCUGUUUAGAAAUCACAAUGCUUUUUUUCUAUUUUGUUUUGAUUGCUAAAUUGUGAGAAAGUUGGAAUAAAUUAAAUGGGAUGCCAAACAAAAAAUGUGUUGUCCUGCAGUUUAUUGUAUCAUGUGCGGCCCAGGGCAAGAGGAUCAGCAUUCACCAGGUAAGCCAGCUUAAUGAUACAGUGGUACCUUGGUUCUCAAACUUAAUCCAUUCCGGAAGUCCGUUCCAAAACCAAGGUGCGCUUUCCCAUAGAAAGUAAUGCAAAAUGGAUUAAUCCGUUCCAGACUUCUUAAAACAACCCCUAAAACAGCAAUUUUACAUUUAUUUUACUAUCUAAUGAGACCAUUGAUCCAUAAAAUGAAAGCAAUACCAAUGUACUGCAGUCACAGAAUCAAUCAAUCAAUCAGUAGCUGAAUUGGGUUCCACACAGUCACAAAAACGAAACAGAAAGAGCCGCAAAUACAAAAAAUGCAAAAUAAAUAGCAAAAACAGACAGACCUCAGCGUAACACUCAAAACGGAAGUGUGACACUCCAAACAGAGCAUGUUCGGCUUCCCCAAAAAUUUCACAAACCAGAACACUUCAGGGUUUGCAAUAUUUGGGUUCCAAGUUGUUUGAGUACCAAGGCGUUUGAGAACCAAGGUACCCCUGCAAAUUACAAACACUGCUCUCAUUAGGCAUCACUACAGUGGUACCUCUGGAUGCGAACGGGAUCCAUUUCGGAGCCCCGUUCGCAACCUGAAGCAAACGCAACCCGCGUCUGCGCGGGUCACAAUUUGCCCCUUCCGCGCAUGCGCAAGCGGCGAAACCCAGAAGUAACACAUUCCGUUACUUCCAGGUUGCCACGGAGUGCAAUCCGAAAAUGCUCAACCUGAAGCAACUUUAACCCGAGGUAUGACUGUACACAUCUUAAGCUGUUGAUCCUAUUUGUCUGCUCAGUAAGGGGUGUUGUUGUUCAUGACCAGCUUUUUGUGUGAUCUGUAUGAGUUAGCAUCCACACAACAGGAGUGUGUCACUUUGCUCCCAGGUGCAAACACUUUUCUAAUUGGUAGGACUGUCAGGGACAGUCUUGGUAAGGUAAAUCUACCUUGAAAAACAGUGGAUAGCUCUACAAAUUUAGCAUCAUCUGAACAGAAAAGACCAGACACAUCUUGACACAUACAUUUGAAAGUGCAUCACAAAAAUUUGGCAAGGUAAAUAAAAUGAAGGGGAUUGAUAGAACUUCAAGCUAAAAUUCCACUGCCAAAAUAGAAAUAGCCUCUUUUGUCUGGGGAAGCCAUGUACACACUAAAAAAAACCCCAGGCCAAAUAUGUCUCGAGCCUCUUUCAGCAUCUUUCCAAGAAGCUGGGGGCUAAGGACAACUAGGUAAGCACAGAAGGAGUUGCAUGCUCUUGAAUAAAGUUGUCUCAGCUCAUUUAUAAAAUGAAAAGGCAAGAUCAAAUAUAACAGAGGCCAGGAGGGAAAUGGAACUAGUGGAACUGCAGCUCCCACAUGAGGCCAUUUGUAAAACUGAAGCUUAAGUAUCACAGCAGCCCAGCAGAGAAGAGAUGUGUUUGUUAUUUCCCACAUAAAUGCAACAUUCCCCAUGCAUGCUUUUCAUUUAGUUCUUACAAACUUAUUAUUGAUAUACCAUUAUUCUGUGACGGAGCAGGACUGCAUGUUACUUGUGCCAAAAUGCCCUCACCGUAUUAUGCAAAUAUUUUCUUGUGGUUGAACAGAAUGUUGGAUUUAACCACAGUUUCUUUUCUGCAGGGUAUGGAGGGGAGUCCUGGAUGUGUUGCUCCUCCCACUUGCUCCUCUGGCAGGAUCAGUCAGAUUCUGUUUCUGUUCCAAAGUGCACUAUAGCUAACAAAACAAAAAACAAACAAAAAAAACCCUACCACCUUGCAGCACAAUAAACAGAAAAAUAACCAUGUAAUGGAAGAGAUC